AGGUUACCGAUGAACAUGUCGCAUUUCUUGAAAUUUUCUUCAGAUAUAAAUGAAUGCGAAUCAAAUCCGUGCGGAGAAAACGCUGUGUGUAGGGACACAGUUGGAAGUUACACUUGUACAUGUAAAGAGGAUUACACUGGCGAUCCUUUCAAAAAAUGUACCGAUAUAGACGAAUGUGUGGCAUUAGAGAAACCAUGUGGAGCACAUGCAAUUUGUGAGAAUGCUCAACCAGGAUAUAAUUGUAUUUGUCCGCAAGGAUUUCAAGCCAGUCCUUCACCAAAAAUCGCUUGUGAACAGAGAGAUGUUAGUGUCCUUUGCGAAUCGAAUUACGAUUGCACCAAUAACGCUGAAUGUAUAGACCAUCAAUGUUUUUGCCAAAAAGGUUUUACACCGCAGGGUGCUGUAUGCGUAGAUGUUAAUGAAUGUGAAUCAGAACCAUGUGGAAAGUUUGCAAUAUGUACCAACACUUUAGGGAGCUUUCACUGCGAAUGUGAAAACGGCUAUGUAGGCGCUCCCCCACGGAUGCAAUGCAAAGCACCCUGCGAUAAUGUUCAAUGCGGAAAUCACGCUUAUUGUAAACCGGAAGGUCAAGAAGCUUAUUGUAUGUGUGAGGAUGGUUGGACGUUCAAUCCCAGUGACAUUUCUGCCGGUUGUAUCGAUAUUGAUGAAUGCGAUAAAAACAUUGGACCAAAUGGAAGAUGUGGGACUAACAGUGUAUGUACCAACACACCUGGCAGUUUUUCAUGUACCUGUCGACAAGGAUUUUCAGGCAAUCCGUUGAUCAAGUGUCAGGAUAUAAACGAAUGUAUUCGACCCAACACAUGUGGUCAAGGAGCAGUAUGUAAAAAUAUUCCAGGUUCGUUUAAAUGCGAAUGUCCUGAAGGAACGGUGCCAGAUCCGGACCCCUUUACAAGGUGCAAUGAAAUUGUCACAUGUAAAUCAAAAGCAGAUUGUCCCGGUAAUGCAGUUUGCGAAUUCCAAAAGUGCGUCUGUCCUGAGCCAAAUACAGGAAACGAUUGUCGUCAUCCGUGCGAAUUUUUGUCAUGCGAACCAAACCAAAAGUGUAUGCUAAUAAAUCAGAUUGCGAAAUGCAUGUGUGAAUCCGGAUACAAAGAAACGGAACGAGGUUGCGUGGACAUUAACGAAUGCGAAAAUAAUCCUUGCCAAAUUGGUGCGAUAUGUAAAAAUGAACCAGGAGGUUUUACUUGUCAAUGUCCUGGAGGAACUUCGGGAGAUGCCUACAGAACAGGAUGCAGUAAAAUUAUCCACCCGUUUAGUUGUUCUGCAGCGAAACCAUGUCCAGCUGGUGAACAAUGCAUAAAAGAUGGAGCACUCGGUGGGAGCGUAUGCAUUUGUGUACAAGGUUUUGUAAGAGAUGAGAAAACAGGUAGAUGUCGAGACGUUGACGAAUGUACCGAGCUGAACAGACCCACGUGUGGACCUAAUGCCAUUUGUAAAAAUUUACCUGGUAGUUACGAUUGCCAAUGUCCACCCGGCUUUAAUGGAAAUCCAUUUUUAGAAUGCAAUGAAUGUAACAGCCCCGAAUGCCGUUGUCAAGCACCUUACAAAUUGGUAGAUGGAAAUUGUGUAUUGGCUGGCUGUUCUAAAGACGAAAAAUGUCCGCACGGUGCCGAAUGUAUAACUAUAACUGGAGGGGUGAGCUAUUGUGCAUGCCCAAAAGGUUUUCGAACUAGAUCAGACGGUUCCUGUGAAGACGUUAACGAAUGUACAGAGACCAAAUCGUGUGGUUAUGGAGCAGAAUGUAUCAACAGUAUUGGAUCGUACAAAUGCAUCUGCCCCACAGGAUACAGCGGUGAUCCUUACAAGGGGAUCUGUUCACCUGCCCAGAAGCAAUGUUCCUUGGAUAGUGACUGUUCCCCUAAUGAAAAAUGUAUACAACCAGGAGAAUGCGUGUGUCCAGUGCCGUUUUUCACAGACCCAAACGACAAUUCAUGUAACAGCCCUUGCGAACGAUAUCCUUGCGGUUUGAAUGCAGAUUGUAUACCCUCCGAUCCUCCAAAAUGUGUAUGCAAGCCAGGAUUCAAGGCAGAUGCUUCACGAGGAUGCGUCGAUGUCGAUGAAUGUAUCGAUGAACCUUGCGCAUAUGCAGCUCACUGUUUAAAUGAAAGGGGAGGAUAUAAAUGUAUAUGUCCACACGGGAUGACGGGAGAUCCAUACAAGUCAGGAUGUAUCCUAGAUCUUCCUGGACAACCUAAAACUGAAUGUGCUACCGAUAGAGAUUGUGCCGACGUUCUAAAGUGUACCGACGGAUCUUGCGUGAAUCCCUGCUACUCAAAGGACUGUGGCCCUCAAUCCUAUUGCGAGGCCAAAGGACAUGCCGCACACUGUCAAUGUGCAGAUGGAUUCAAAAAGAACAGCAGAGGAAAAUGCGUAUCACUUUGUGACAGAGUACUCUGCGCUGAUGGUGCUCAAUGUAUAGUGACAAGCUCGGGACCGACUUGUAAAUGCUUAGAAGGAAGUAUAGGAAAUCCAUUUCCAGGAGGAAAAUGUACAACAGAUAUCUGCUCUCCUAAAAAUCCAUGUCCAGAACCGAGCGUCUGCGUAAGUGGACGAUGUAAACAAAAGUGCGAGGACGUGAUAUGUGGAGUGGGGGCUCAUUGUGAUCAGGGUUCCAACAAAUGCGUUUGCAAUCUCAAUUUUAUUGGAAAUCCAAAUAUUCUCUGCAUGCCACCAAUAACGGCACCCGGCUGUAGUCCUUCUUGUGGAAAGAACGCUCACUGCGAAUACGGCUUUACAAAUCAGUGCGUAUGUAAUUCCGGAACGAGUGGCAAUCCCUAUGAAGAAUGUAACGCUGUCCAGAAAAGAACGUGCGCAAUGAAAAUUUGUGGAAAAGGCGCCCAAUGUCAAGAAUCGUAUGGUCAAAUAGAAUGCCUCUGUCCUGCAGGCUUUACCGGAAAUCCUUACAUUGAAUGUCACGAUAUAGACGAAUGCACCAAAAAUGUCUGCGGCGAAUAUGCAGUUUGUAUAGACACUCCAGGAAGUUAUGACUGCCGAUGUAUCGAAGGUUAUGCUGGAAAUCCUUUCACCCUGUGCUCACCAUUACAAGUGGGAGUAUGUCAAGAUCCGUUUUCAUGUCCUUGUAAUCGUGACAUUUUAUGUCCACAAGGAUAUUCGUGUAAGAACAGAAAAUGCAUCAAUUUGUGUGAGAACGUUCAGUGUGGUCCAAGGGCAGUGUGUGAAGAAGGAAAAUGUUUCUGCCCUCCCGGUUACACCGGCGAUCCGAAAGACCUACUUCAUGGAUGCGCCACAACUGGCCAAUGUAAUAGUAACGAAGAUUGCAAGAACACAGAAAUUUGCUUCCAAUUUGCUAAAGGUCUAAGAAAAUGCGUAGACGCUUGCAGUAAACUUCAGUGCGGUCCGAACGCCUUAUGUAUAAGUAACAAACACAAAUCCUCUUGCAUAUGUGGACCUGGCUAUCACGGUAAUCCGGGAGAUUUAAGCCUCGGCUGUCAACAGGAAGGGAAAAUAAUUACAAACGAAUGUAACCGCGAUUCCGACUGUGACAAAGACCAUGUAUGUACAAUAAGUUCAACGGGAAUACUGAAGUGUCUCAAUCCAUGUAACAAUGUGGCGUGCGGUCUUCACGAACAAUGUACAUUAAACGAAUUAAAGAAUCCAAUAUGUCAAUGUAAGCCCAACUUUAUAUGGAAUCCGGUAACUUCAACCUGUGAAAAACCAUCAGUUCAAGAAUGUGCUUCCGACAAUGACUGCCAGGAAACAUUAAAAUGUUUACCCGAUAAUUUGGGAGUACCAAAAUGUAUCAACCCGUGUUCCAUGUUCACUUGUCCCAGCAAUGCAAUUUGCGUUUCAAGUAACCACGACGGUCAAUGUCAGUGUUUAAACGGAUACACCGGAAAUCCAAACGAUCGCAUCGGUUGCCUGCCUAUUGUUCAGAACGAAUGUACGUCUGACGCACAAUGCAAGGAGCACGAACAAUGCAAAACAGUUGGCGAGCAUGGAAUUCUUGCUUGCAAACACGCUUGCGAAAACAUUAAAUGUGGUCCACGAGCCAUUUGUAAUGUUAAGAAUCACAUAGCACAAUGUCAAUGUCCAGAAGGAGCAUUUGUUGGAAAUCCAAACGAUUUAAUUAAGGGAUGUCAAGCUGUCCCAUGCGUUUACAAUAUCGAUUGUCCACCUGCGCAACUUUGCAAUCGAAUGACACACACUUGUUACGACGCGUGUGACGAAGAAUCUUGCGGAGACAACGCUGUGUGCAUUGGCGAGAAUCACAAGGCUGUUUGUCAAUGUCCAUCUGGUUUUCGACCGGAUCCUAUUGCAGACAUUCAAUGUUCACCGAUUAAUACAUGCGAAAUCAAUCCUUGCCAUCCGUCAGCCAUUUGCGAAGCAACAUUAUCGGGUCGUAUUUGCAAAUGUCCGCCAAACAUGGUGGGCGACCCUAUCACAAAUGGAUGCGUUAAAGAAGGCAGUUGCGUGGGAGACUUGGAUUGUCCAGUGGAAGCCGUAUGCAGAAAUGGACGUUGUAUAAAUCCAUGUCUUAACUACUCUUGCGGUAUUAAUUCGUUAUGUACAGUAAUCAAUAAACGUCCAGUGUGCUCAUGUCCGGCAAAAUUCGAACCCAACCAAGAAGGAUUUCCUAGAGGCUGUGUCCGAGCAAGUACAGAUUGUAGUACCGACGACGAUUGCAACAACGAAAUCUGCGUUGGUGGCCAAUGUAAAUCUGUAUGCCGAAACAAUAACGAUUGUCCUUCUGGAGAAAAAUGUGUACAGAACAUAUGUCUAAUACCGUGUACUACACAUUCCCAAUGUCGAGAAACAGAAGUCUGUGCAACCGGAUUUUGCGUGUUGGGAUGUCGAAGUGACAAAAAUUGCCCGUCGUCAGAAGCCUGCUUGAAUUAUAAAUGUCAAAAUCCUUGUGAUAUCGAAAGUACAUGCGGACCAAACGCUCUUUGUAACUGUGAACGUCAUUCGCCUAUUUGCAAGUGUCCUCCGGGUUUCGAAGGAAACCCUGCACCUCAGCAAGGAUGCGUACGAAAAUCGUACCCUUGUAGAACUACUAAAGAAUGCCCUUCUGGACACAUGUGUAUCGGUAACAGAUGUAGUUUACCAUGUCAAAACGGCAACGCUUGUGCAGUAGGGGAAACAUGUUUUGACAAUGUCUGCACAAAAAUUUGCUACAGCGAUAGCAACUGCCUUUCGGGAGAGCUAUGCCAUAAAGGGGUUUGCCGGUUCGGAUGCAUCAACAACGAUGGUUGUAGAGAAAACCAAAUUUGCGAGAACCAAAAGUGCAAAUGCGCUUUAGGUUUCAAGACUUCAGGAGACACUUGCUUAGAUGUCGAUGAAUGUCAAGAACAUCCUUGUCAUCCAAGUGCAUUUUGCAUCAACACUCCUGGAUCAUAUAAGUGUACCUGUCCGGAAGGCACUGUUGUCAAUGGCCGAGUAGAAGACGGUUGCAUUUUAACGCAGCAAUGUAGAAGUGAUUCAGAGUGUGACAACAGUCUGGCUUGUGUGAGCGGACAAUGUACAGACCUUUGCCUUUUAUCUCCAUGUGGAUCAAACGCCGAUUGCGAUGUCACAAAUCACAAGGCAACAUGCACAUGUCAGCAGGGUUAUUUAGGAAACGCCUUUGAUAAAAACGUCGGCUGCUUCAAAGUCGAAUGUCUGACGGAUAAUGAUUGCCCCGAAGAUAAAUUCUGCGAAGGAGAAAUCAACAAAUGCAAAAACCCUUGCGAUGCUUUACGUUGCGGAAAAGGAAGUUGUCAAGUAAAAGAUCAUCAAGCGUUAUGUACUUGUUUUACCGGUUAUAAAUUCUGGGAGCAAACAUGUGUCGAUUUCGAUGAGUGUACUACCAGUCCCUGUCACACUACCGCAAUAUGUAAAAAUAAUCCUGGAAGCUUCAUUUGCGUAUGCCCUGACGGCCUGGUUGGUGAUCCAUACACAACUGGCUGUCACAAACCGGGAGACUGCUUUGUCGAUUCGGAUUGUCCUUCAACAGCCAGUUGCGUGCAUCGCAAAUGUAAAAAUCCUUGUGACGGCCGAUCAGUUUGUGGAAAGAACGCCCUGUGUACUCCUCUGAGACAUAUGCCCGUUUGUAGCUGUCCGUCUAAGACAAUCGGAGAUGCAAAUCUUGAAUGCAUAGAAAUAGAAUGCAGCAAUAGCGAAGAUUGUCCGUCGGAUAAAGCUUGUAUAGACAAUCAAUGUAUCAAUCCAUGUUCGCUGAGUAGCGUUUGCGGUGAGAGAGCAAGUUGCUUCCCCGAAAAUCAUGUAGCAGCAUGCACUUGCCUUCCCGAGUAUACAGGAAAUCCCCAACUGGGUUGCACCCCCAUACAGUACUGUGCUCACGAUAGCCAAUGUUUAGGUGGCGUCAAAUGUGCAAACGGAAUCUGCUCUGGUAUCUGUUCAACAUCUCGAGAAUGCAUCCAAGAUCAAAUGUGUAUUGAAGGAAUAUGCCAAACAACAUGCAGAGCUAAUUCGUCCUGUCCUCACCUACAGUUCUGUCAAGAUGGACUGUGCAAAUUAGAACAAAAAUGUUAUAGUAACAACGAUUGUGACGAAAGUGAAAAAUGUGUGAUAAAUCACUUAGGACAAGCCGAAUGUAUUCAGGUUUGUACUGAUGUCUCUUGUGGCAGAAACGCAGUGUGUCUGCCAGUAAAUCAUGAGGCCACGUGCGAUUGUAAAAAAGGUUACAAGGGCAAUCCCCACGACGAUAAACAAGGAUGUAGACAUAUUGAAUGUGAAUCUAACGAAGAAUGCUCGGCUGAUAAACUUUGUGACCAAAACAUGUGUAAAAUAUCGUGUCUUGUCCACAAUCCUUGCGGCAGGAACGCUUUGUGCUCAGCAGAACAACACCAGCAGAUGUGUUAUUGUCAACCAGGUUUUACUGGCGAUCCGCACAAGGAAUGUCAUCUUAUAGAUUUUUGCGCAGAUUCGCCCUGUGGACCUAAAUCGCUCUGUCAAAAUUCUAGAGGCUCUUUUAAAUGCUAUUGUCCUGAAGGAAUGAUAGGUGAACCAUACAAAGACGGUUGCAAACCUGCUGUAGAAUGUCUAACAGACAAAGAUUGCCCUAUUACUGCCAAAUGUACAACAGAUAAUGGCUUGCCAAAGUGCAAGAGUGUUUGCCACGAAAACGCUUGUGGUCCUAACGCAGAAUGUGUGGCAGUCGAACACAAAGAUUAUUGCACAUGUACUUCGGGUUAUGAAGGAAAUCCGAACGAUUUGGUACACGGUUGUAGUCCUAAGCCUAUUCUGUGUAAAGCUACAACGGACUGUCCUUCAAAUACGUACUGCUACAGUGGCACUUGUAGACCAUCCUGUCAAUCGGAUACGGAGUGUGCUUUGAAUGAACAGUGCGUUCAGCAGCAAUGCAUUAACACAUGCGACUUAAAAGGGGCUUGCGGUAUGAAUGCCGAAUGUCACAUAUCUGAUCACAUCAAACAGUGCUUAUGUCCUGUACAUUUUACUGGAAACGCUGAAACUGAAUGCUUCAGAAUACCUCAACCAUGUCGAACGAGUAUUGAUUGCGAAAGCAACCAAGAGUGUAAAGAGAGCGGUUGUCUUCCGGCUUGUACCGCUGAUAACGAUUGUGCUCUUAACGAAAAAUGUCACAGAGGAAACUGCAUCUUAACUUGCCGCGUAGACCACGACUGUUUCUUAGGUCACAUUUGCAUAAGUAACACGUGUCAAGUGGGAUGCCACACUGACGAUGAUUGCUCGUCAAGUGAGUCAUGUCAAAACAACAAAUGCACCAAUCCAUGUUUACUUUCGCCGUGCGGACCAAAUGCAAUUUGUUCUGUACUGAAUCACAGGGCAAGCUGUUCUUGCAAAUCUGGACUAGUUCCAAAUCCAACAGCCAAUAUAGCAUGUGUUAGAACGCCUCCUUCUUCCUGUUCGGAAAACAGGCAAUGCCUACCUAAUAACAUUUGCAUUGACAACGUUUGUAGGCCAGUUUGUGCUCAGGAUCAGGAUUGUCUUAGCAACGAACGAUGUGAGCCGCAGACAGGAAUUUGUACGGCACUUUGCAGACAAGAUGAUAACUGUCGAACUGGUGAAAUUUGUCAAGACCUGGUUUGUGUGAUAGGGUGUAGAACAAAUUCCGAGUGUCCUCCGACAACAGCCUGUAUAAAUAAUCAAUGUGCAGAUAUUUGCGAUUCGCCAACUGCCUGUGGAACAAACGCCAUCUGUUCAGUUGAAAAUCAUCAAACAGUUUGCAAGUGUCCAACGUCAUUAGUAGGAAGUCCUGAAAAUUUCUGUAAGAGACCCUUAUUACCUUGCUCUUCAACUAACAGUUGCGACAAAGGAUUCAAAUGUAACGAUGGCUAUUGCCAAAAGCAAUGCGACAGGAACGAAAACUGUUUGGCAACCGAAAAAUGUGUCCAAGGGGUUUGCAAAGUCAUUUGUAAUUCAGAUAUAUCUUGUGAAAACGAUCAAAUUUGUGAGAAUCGCCUUUGUAAAUCGGGUUGUAGAAGUGAUACAGUUUGUCCAUCGGAUGAAGUUUGUUUAAAUAACCAAUGCCAAAAUCCUUGCAAGGAAGCUGUAACAUGCGGAGCGUGUGCAGAAUGCCGCGUAAUAAAUCAUGCUGCUCAAUGCGUCUGUCCAAUCAAUUUCCUUGGGAAUCCUUUAGUGUCCUGUAUAAAACCUAUGAGCAGGUGCAAUGACGCUUGCAAAUGUGACGAGGCAGGAUACUGCGUGACGCACUGCAAUUCUAAUAAUGACUGCUCAUGUGGUGAAAUUUGCCGUCAGGGAGAAUGCAGAACGAAUUGUUCUAACGCCAAUUCGUGCGCACCCGGACAAAUUUGUCUGCGGGGCGCCUGCACACCCGGUUGCAACUCGCACAAGGAUUGCUCUGAUAGCGAAGUUUGCGUCGAGAAUAAAUGCCGAAAUCCUUGUUCCAACGAUCAAGCGUGUGGCAAAAACGCGCUGUGUAAAAUGUCAAAUCAUAGGAAAAUCUGCAUAUGUCCGGACGGCUUCCAAGGAGAGCCGACCAUCGAAUGCAAACGAAGUAGAUGUAAACAGGACAUUGACUGUGAGCCAGACAUGAAAUGUGACAGAGACGGAAAAUGUAAAAAUCCAUGUCUUCUUCGGUCUGCAUGUGGAUUAAACGCCCAAUGUAAAGUAAUAAACAGACAGCCCGAAUGUUCUUGUCCACCUGGUUACAUAGGAAAUGCAAAUGUCGAAUGCAAGUUACCGAGUAGUAACAUUUGCUCAAGCAAAUCAUGUGGAAGUAACGCCAUUUGUCAGGACGAAAAGGGCGAAGUAAAAUGCACUUGUAUUCCAGGAUGUUACGGUGAUGCAUACAAAGGAUGCAUCUGCGAAGCAAAAUUGAUAAACAUUUGUAGAGAUAAAUUGUGUGGAGUAAACGCGUUAUGUAGAGUUGCAAAUGGCACGUCAGAAUGCUACUGUCCGACACAGUAUCCAUCUGGAGAUCCAACAAUCGAAUGUUCAAAAGAAAGAGGUUUAGUUGAUUGUAGGACUGAAGGGUGCGGUAAAAAUGCAGAAUGCAUUCGAGAGCACGCCUUCUUUGUAUGUAGAUGUCCACCAGGAAUGAGCGGUCAACCAGAAGUUGAGUGCCGAAGGGAUGCCGAAUGUAACAGAGACUCUGAGUGUCCUGACGAAAAGGCUUGCGUCAACUUCAAAUGCAUUAACCCUUGCACCUUGACCAGUGCCUGUGGAAUAAACGCAUUGUGCCGUACGGUACAUCACAGGCCGAGAUGUUCAUGUCCAGAAUGUUUUGUUGGAGUUGCGACCAAUAAUUGUAGACCGGAUCCAAAUUGUAAGAACAUUUCAAAACCGAUCACUAAAGUGCCUUGUUUUGACGAUAACGACUGCCCGGCGGCACUUGCAUGCAAUAAACAAUUAAGAGAAUGCCACAAUCCAUGCGAAGGAGUCGUUAUCAAAUGUAAAAAUAAUAAAAAAUGUCAAGUUUAUCAACAUAGAGCGUCUUGCGUGUGUGCAAACGGUUUUAUAGUAAACGAUGUGGGAGAGUUGUCUUGUGCUCCUGAUGUAACGGAAUGCAUAACUAACAACGAAUGUGCAUCGAAUCUGGCAUGUAUCGAUCGCCGAUGUCAAAAUCCUUGCGUUGCAAAUGGAAGGACGCCUUGUCCGGUUAAUAAAACGUGCGACGUCCUUAAUCAUCGUCCUGUUUGUAUUUGCAUGAAAAAUUGUAACCCCUCGGUAUCUAUCUGCCUAAGAGAUAACGGUUGUCCAUCACAUCUGGCAUGUCGGUCUUUUCGAUGCGAAGAUCCAUGUGCUACGGCCAAUUGUUCAGCCGAUAGUCCUUGUUAUGUGGAAGAUCACAAACCAGUUUGCAGGUUUUGUCCGCCAGGAUUUAGAUCAGAUUCAAAACGUGGAUGUCUCAAAGAUGUGGGAUGCCGUUCACAUGAAGAUUGCGCCAUCGAUAAAGCUUGCAUCUCCGGCCAGUGCCAGAAUCCUUGUUCUUUAAGCAAUCCCUGUAUUAGCAGACAAGACUGCCAUGUCGAAAAUCAUCAGCCAGUAUGCAUAAAAGUGUGCCAUUGCCAAAAGGAUUCAGAUUGUAAAUAUGGAUACCUUUGUGAUGGAUGUAAUUGUGUGCAAGGGGAAAAACACCUUUUCACGGGUUGUGAACAUUGUCCUCCAGGAGUAUCCUGUGAUCCAACUACCGGAGCUUGCAUCAAAGUAACAGAUGCAGGUACAACAACUACAUCAACACUAACUCACAAUGAAAGCACAACGACCUUGACAUACGACACGCUUGUACCCACUAAUACCCUUCCUUCUUCAACCCUUGCUGAAGAAAAUAUUACUACCGAAACCACUACUAUAUUGGAACCAUCAACUCUGCUUCCAAUAUUUAAACACGUCAGCACCGCCAAAACUACAACUACAACCGAAAAAGUUGUCUAUGUAACACCUGAGAAAGCAAACGUUACAACUACAGCAAAACCAACUGACGAAAACGUAAUAAUAACUACAACAGGACAAUCAGUGAGUCCCCCUCUAAUGACAAUAGCAGAGGAAGUAACAAAAGAAUCAACGAAAAUUUAUUCAACAACAACUGAAAGAAAAGCGAAAUCGUUUGAACAUCCUACAACAAUGGAAGCUCAACAUGAACCAACAGAAACCUCAGAAGAAUUGGUUACGGCAAAAGUAUCACCAGUUUAUCCUCAAUCAUCAUCGGAACGUACCGCUACACCUAAGGAAGAAAUCACAGCAAAAGUAUCUCAAAUUUUUCCAACAACUGAAUCAAUUGAGGUAGCAAAGGUUUCGCAAGUUUAUCCGAAGGUGACAACGGGCGAGAACGAAAAACAACCAACUAGUACUGUGGAGACUUCAACUAUUAUAGAAGAAAAUGUCACUAGGAUACCUACAAUAUCAACCACUGAAUAUAUUACAUCUAAAAUCGCAUAUCCUUCGACCACCAACGAGGUAUUAACAACGUAUUACGAACCUGAAACAGCAAAAACUGAUGGACAUACUAAAUUCCACACAUUUACCCCCACAACUACUAAUUAUGAUGAAAUAACAACAAUAAGUCAUCACAUAGUCACAGAAGCAGCUGAACAAACGACAUUAGAGUUUUCUUCCACGAUGACGCCGUUCACAAGGGCAACUUUGAGCAGUUUCCCGAAAAGCGAAACACCAAAAACUACAAUGACACCCGCUUUGCAGCCCUUAUCUUCUACAGAUACAACAAUUAGAUACACUUUUCCAGAUACUUCCGAAUCGACUAGUUCACAAGAUAAUAGAAAAAUUUCUACGGAAUCAUCAACAAUAAUAUCUACAGUUUCCGAAAGAAAACUCCAACACGAAACAACAACACGUACAGCAGGAUAUGGCGACAUAACUCAGAAAUCGAGUAUACCAGUCAAUACUGAAAUAAUUCCUGCAACAGAUAAAACAGUUUCAUCAGUAUUUACUGAAACUAGUAGCAAAAGUGAAAGUGAAACUGCUUCCGAAACUCGUUUUACAAACCUAGAAACUGAGCCAACAUCCCCAACAAUUUUUGCACAAUCUGAUAUAAAGAACCAAAUUCCUGUAACUGUUCCUCCAUCUUAUACUUCCAGUAAGGUUGAAUUAUCCAGUGAGAUUCUACAAUCCGAACUAACAACACCUGCCACCUAUUCGUCAAUGACUACCGAAUUAAGUCGCGAAAGUAAAUAUCCGAAUGUUGUAACCACAGAAAGAAUAACCACUCAAACAUUUUCCACAAUCUCACAAGUUAAAACAACAAACCCUUCAUUUUCCACUGAAGCAAGCGGAGAAGGCAAAAGCCAGGGUACAUCCUCUAAAACUGCAACUACACAAGAAUUUGAACCAACAUUAACAGUUUUUACUUCACAGUCGAUUGAACAAGAAACGAAAAUGCAAACCAAGGAAAGUGUGACUGAUUCCGUCCCACCAACAUACUUUACAUUCUCAGAAACAAAAGAAACAACACACGAAAUCCCUUCUUCAUCAACAGAAGUUCGUAAAAUGAAUGACGGUGGAACUACAGCAUUCAACUUCGUUACUGCUGCAUCACCAUCUGCAUCAACAAUGUCAAAAAUGAGCACGGUGCCCGAAUCGUACACAGUUCCUUCUGUGGCUGGAAUUUCUGAAAUAACAAUGACUUACACAGAAAUUACUAAACCUGGUGGGCAAGAACACCAACCAGAAACAGUUACAGAAGCUAACACUGCAACCACCCCUACGUCAUUUACAUCAAAGGCAUCAACAGUAAUCUCUGAAAUUACAACUGAAAGUAUCCAACGUAAAAAUGAAAGUAAUACUGAGGCAACAGUAUCAGAAACAACUACAAAAUGGCCUACAGAAAUUCCACCUUCUACACCACCGAAAAUGAGUCAAAGAACAACUCAUGACAUUAUUAGCACACUGACAACUGGAAAAUCUCAAACUAAUCCAAUUCUAGAAACUACUCCCAAAAUAUAUUUCACUUUUCCUAGCAAAACACCUACGUCUUACGUAACCGAAACAAUCGAGAAUGAAACUACUAAAAUCCUACCUGCUUAUACUUAUGCUCCAACUGCAGAAUCUUCAACCCCGUUAAUCAUCACAUUGGCAGAAACUACGGAAAAAAGUGACGAGAAAAAUACUGCCACUGCUCCCAGUAUUAUUAAAUUGAUACCCGUUACUAAAACAUUAUCCACUCAAAAGACAUUUGUAAAAGAAUCGACGGGAAGUGUUUUAACCACUGAAAGUACAGCUCCUAGCACACAAAUAUCAUACAAAGAAAGCAAUGGUACUCCUCAAAUUGCCACAUCAGCUAUAUCUGUCGGUACUAAAGAUGAAUCUUAUUCAACAACAUUUGAAACAUCUACGAGUACAGUCAAGCAUUUUACUGAAACAACAACUACGUUACCAAAGCAAACCACAAUUGCUAGUACACAAAAGUCCCACAAAGAAAGUCAUGGUAUACCUGAAAGUACCACACCUUUUAUAACUGGUAAUACUACAGAAGAACUUUAUUCAACAACAUCUGAAACACUUACGAGUACAGUCAAACAUUUCACUGACACAACUACUUUACCAAAACAAACUACAGUUGCUAGCACACAAAAGUCAUACAAAGAAAGUCAUGGUAUACCUGAAAAUACUACACCUUUUAUAACUGACAAUACUACAGAAGAACUUUAUUCAACAACAUCUGAAACACCUACAAGUAUAGUUAAGCAUUUCACUGACACAACUACUUUACCAAAACAAACCACAAUUGCUAGUACACAAAAGUCCCACAAAGAAAGUCAUGGUAUACCUGAAAGUACCACACCUUUUAUAACUGGUAAUACUACAGAAGAACUUUAUUCAACAACAUCUGAAACACUUACGAGUACAGUCAAACAUUUCACUGACACAACUACUUUACCAAAACAAACUACAGUUGCUAGCACACAAAAGUCAUACAAAGAAAGUCAUGGUAUACCUGAAAAUACUACACCUUUUAUAACUGACAAUACUACAGAAGAACUUUAUUCAACAACAUCGGAAACACCUACAAGUACAGUUAAGCAUUUCACUGACACAACUACUUUACCAAAACAAACUACAGUUGCUAGCACACAAAAGUCAUACAAAGAAAGUCAUGGUAUACCUGAAAAUACUACACCUUUUAUAACUGACAAUACUACAGAAGAACUUUAUUCAACAACAUCGGAAACACCUACAAGUACAGUUAAGCAUUUCACUGACACAACUACUUUACCAAAACAAACUACAGUUGCUAGCACACAAAAGUCAUACAAAGAAAGUCAUGGUAUACCUGAAAGUACCACGCCUUUCAUGACUGACAGUACUAAAGAAGAAUCUUUUCCAACAACAUUGGAAGCAUCUACAAAAACGACUAAGCCUUUCGCAGAUACAACAACUACUUUACAAAAUCAAAGUGCAUUUCCUAGCACACAAAAGUCAUACAAAGAAAGUGAUGGUAUACUUGAAACUACCACGUCUUUUAUUCCCGGCGGUACUACAGAAGAAUCUUAUUCAACUCUUGAAUCGUCUACACAAGGAGUCACAACAACUACUUCACCAACUCAAACUUCACUUCCUAGUACACAAGAGUCAUAUAAGGAAGGUAUUGGUACACCUGAGACUACCACAUCUAUUAUAUCCAGCAGCAGUAAAGAAGAAUCUUAUUUAACAACGUUUGGAACAUCUACAGAACACAAGGUAUUCACUGAAAGUCCAACAGAGACAACAACCGCUUUUUCAACCAACUACACACCGUUACAAACAAAUAAAUUUACAAAUCGAGAUAUAGUUUCUACAAGUACAACCGAAAAUACCGAGACUACAGAGAAUACCAUUCCUUCUACAAAAACAAAACAAACAACAAUACCAGCCCAUGGUAUUGAAACUUCAACUGCUACUUCGUCAUAUGGGCAUGCUGAAACAAAAGAAGAAAAUGCAUUUACAAGCACGAGUCCCAGAGAAAGUACGAAUGAAUCCAAAUCUGAAAUCGCAACAACAUCCAAAAUGCCUACAACGCUUACAAGUAAGACUACUCAAAGUGCCAUAUACACCACUUCUUCUUUGGAGACCACAACUGCAUUUGGAGAAAGUACAGAGAAAACUGCAAUAGCUAUUAAAGUUACAGAAGAAAAUCUACAGAGCUCUACUUCUGAAUACGAACCAACCACAAUCAUUCUAACUCAUGAUAAAGAAUCUUCUACCUCCCCAGUUACAAUCAUUAGUCCAGAAAAAAUGAGAAAGACGGAAACUUCAAGCGAGUUGACUAUUACAACUACCCCAACGAGUAGUAUUGACUCCAAAGGAGAAACAAAAUCUGCUACUGAAACUACUGAAGGAUAUUCUAGCACAGAAUACAUCACAAAAGAGGCGACAUUAGCUGCGAGCUCUUCAACGCCAGAGUUCACAAGUGAAUAUCCUGAACUAAGCCAUAGCGAAUCUCCAAAACCCACAGUGCUCUUAGAAGCACCAACUCCAACUACAUCCUCAGAGUCACCUGAAACUUCAAAAGUACAAGAAAAAACAACAGAGACAUUGUUUACUUCUACCACAAAAUCGUACAAACUUCCAAAGCAACUUACGCCUAGUACAGAAUCGGUAGCAUACCAAAAUCGUUCCUCGACAUCCCGACCUUUGACAUCCCAAAACGUAACCAUGCUGACCGCUAACACAACUAAACAAAUAUGCAAAAUGGCCAGAGAUUGCCCUGCUACAGACACCUGCCUGAAAGGCCAAUGUAUUAAUUCUUGUUCAACGGGGCAAAGUUGUGGUAAACAUGCCCUUUGUACAGUUUCUAACCACACAGCACACUGUAGUUGUCCACCUGGAUUUACUGGGAAUGCAAUGCAGGAGUGUUCGAAAGAACCAGGUUUUCCAAAAUCGCCCCAGCCCUGUACCAGCGAUAACGAUUGUCUCGAAAGCGAGGCAUGUUUUAUGUCAGUUUGUCAGGACCCAUGUGAAUUUACCAGCGCAUGCGCACAAACGGCAAAAUGUCAAGCAAAAAUGCACAGACCAAUCUGCACAUGUCCUAAAGGAUUCGAAGGAAACCCCGCUGUAAAAUGCUUUAAAACUCAUUCACAGAUAGGAGGAUGCAUAACUAACGAAGAUUGCGAAUACACGGAAGCAUGUAUUGAUCAAAGAUGUCAAAGGCCGUGUGACCUACACAAUCCUUGCACUCAAAACGCAGUCUGUAUCAACACAAACCACGGGACAGAUUGUAGCUGUUUAGAAGGAUUCCAUGGAAACGGUUACGUGAAAUGUGCACCAGUUUUCGAUUAUAAACCCGUCUGUCAAUACAAUGAAGAUUGUCCGCCGGAUAAACUAUGUGAUAGAUUGAAUCGACUUUGUAUAAAUCCAUGCUUCGAAGACUCUUGCGGUGAAAAUGCGGAAUGUAUUCCGCAAAACCACGAAGUAAAGUGUCAAUGUUUGUCAGGCUUUGAAGGAAAUCCUUACACCAUUUGCGGAAGAGUGCACGGAUGUCAAAGCGAUGAUGCAUGCUCUUCUAAUGAAGCUUGUAUCAACGGUAGAUGCAGUUCCCCUUGCCAGUGUGGUACAAAUGCCAUAUGCGAAGUAAUUUAUCAUAGAGCUACUUGUAAAUGUCCUGCCGGUUUUACUGGAAAUCCCUUAUCCGGUUGUCAUCCCCCCACCAAUCCUUGUGAUCCCAAUCCUUGUGGACUUAGGGCUUUGUGCGAGCUUGACAACGGCAAUCCUAUUUGCUACUGUCCUAAAGGAUUGACAGGAAAUCCAUUCAAAAGUUGCAUUCCAGAUGGCGAUGAAUGUGUUCCAAAUCCUUGUGGUCCGAAUUCCGGUUGUCGUGUAGUGAACAGAAAAGCUGUCUGCUUCUGUCUUCCAGAAUUUGAAGGAACUCCCCCGCAAGUUCCUUGCACACUGCCUGCUAAUCCGUGCGAUCCAUCACCUUGCGGACCCAAUACCCAAUGUACGAUAUUAGACAAUGGUUUUGCUAAAUGCACGUGUUUAUCUGGAUACCUAGAAAGUCCAAACACCAUUCGUGGAUGUGUUGAGCAAAGAAACCCAUGCGAACCCAAUCCCUGCGGACUCGGCGCAUUGUGCGACGCGUCUCAGGAAUCUGUCUGUUUCUGUCCUGCUGGAACCAUCGGAAAUCCGUAUAGGAGUUGUGUACAACAUGUUCCCAUAAUAACUUUAUGUCAACCAGGACCAUGUGGAGUUUAUGCCGACUGUUACGUAUCCAACAAUCAAGAAAAAUGUUACUGUAAACCAGGAUAUAUCGGAGACCCUUACAGCGGUUGUCGACCUCAACCAUUCUCGCCUUGCGUUCCAAAUCCAUGCAGUUAUGGAUCUGAAUGUAUCGUUACUCCAGACGGAAAAUCUGUCUGCAAAUGCCCAGAAGGAACCGUGGGCGAUCCUACCUCAGCAUUAGGAUGUCAACGAUACGAAUGUGCCACAGAUGACGACUGCAGCGAUAACAACGCAUGUAUAGGUUUCAGAUGUCAAAACCCAUGUCACGGAUGCUGCGGAAUCAAUGCGAACUGUAGAGUUGAAAAACAUCAUCCGGUGUGCACAUGCAACAGCGGUUUAACUGGAAACCCAUUGAUUCGUUGCUCGCCUUUACCUGAACCAAUGCCGCUCAACAAUCCCUGUAUACCUAGUCCGUGUGGAUUAAAUACGAUAUGUCAAGUUACUAAUGGAAGGGCUGUUUGUUCCUGUCUUCCCGAUUUCAAAGGUGAUCCGCAGUUUGGCUGUCAACCGGAAUGCAUUCUCAAUUCAGACUGUCCAUCCGAUAAAGCCUGUAUUAACCGCUACUGUAAAAAUCCUUGCUCUUUCGACAAUCUUUGCGGUAUAAACGCACUAUGCAAUGUCAGGGAUCACACUGCCUUUUGUAGUUGUCCUACUGGUUAUAUUGGAGACCCUCGUUACCACUGUACGAUAGAAUCAACUAUAACAAUUCAUCAACCAAAUAUUACAAGACCACUGCCGUGUUCUCCAUCUCCAUGCGACCCUAAUAUGGCAUGCGACGUUUAUGGUACACAAAUUGCCAUUUGCAAUCCCUGUGCAGGACCUCAUGCAGCUUACAAUCCUUCGUGUGGACCACAAUGUUUAACGGAUGCAGAUUGUCCUUUCGAUAACGCGUGUAUUAGUUACAAGUGCGUCGAUCCUUGUCCAGGCUCUUGUGGAGUUAAUGCCGAAUGUAACGUAAUUGCACAUACUCCCGUUUGCUUUUGUCCACAAGGACUGAUAGGAAAUCCAUUUGAACACUGUAUAAAACCGGAAUUAGGUGUAAUACCGAAAGUUGAAACGUGUGAAAACGUUGCAUGUGGAGCUAACGCGGAAUGCACCAGGCAACGACAAGGAUUGGCCUGUGUGUGUAAAGAAGGUUUCUACGGAAAUCCAUGGUUAGCCUGUCACCCCGAAUGUGUUGUCAAUCCGGACUGCCCUUUGACAAAAUCAUGCAUCAACAACAAAUGUGUCAAUCCUUGCAACGGUGUAUGUGGCGUAGGAGCUAACUGUGACGUUGCUAAUCACGUACCAAUUUGUUUCUGUCCUUUGGAGCAUACCGGAGAUCCUUUCGUUUCUUGUUUCCCAAUCCAACAUCCUAUCGUUCCCACAACAAUAAAACCUCUUAAUCCUUGCGAUCCAUCACCUUGUGGACCCUACAGCAGAUGCAUGAUUUCUUCACAAGGAUAUGCAACUUGUUCUUGUCUUCCGGGAUGCAAAGGUGUGCCACCAACAUGCAAACCUGAAUGUAUUGUUAGUUCCGAAUGUCCACAAACCCAAGCCUGUAUCAAUCAAAAAUGCAUAGAUCCUUGCCAAGGAACAUGUGGCGCUAAUGCACUGUGUAAAGUAAUCAACCACAAUCCAGUCUGCAGUUGUCCACCUGGUCAACAAGGCGAUCCGUUCACGAGCUGUUAUACACCCAUUGCAGUAGAACCCAAGAAACCUGAAAACCCCUGCAUUCCGUCGCCGUGUGGCCCGAAUUCUAUUUGCCAAAUAAACCAAGGGCGUCCAGUUUGUUCUUGCGUUGCAAAUUACAUCGGUAAUCCACCUUACUGUAGACCUGAAUGCGUUAUCAAUCAGGAAUGUCCAAGUGAUAAAGCUUGUAUAAAAGAAAGAUGUACCGAUCCUUGUCCAGGAAGUUGUGGACAAAAUGCGAGAUGUAACGUAGUCAAUCACACGCCGUUCUGCAGCUGCUUAGAGGGUUUCAAAGGCGAUGCAUUCGUAGGAUGCGAGAAAAUUAUUGUUGAAAUUACACCGAAGGACCCUUGCAAUCCUUCGCCGUGUGGUCUAAAUGCACAGUGUUCGAUAGCAGACGGUGUAGCAAGAUGUAGCUGUAUACCGCCUUAUAUAGGAAAUCCGUAUGCCGGAGGAUGCAGACCAGAAUGUACCAUUAAUUCAGAAUGUGCCAGUAAUUUAGCUUGUAUUGCUCAACACUGCAGAAAUCCGUGCGAAGGUCUAUGCGGCCUAAACGCCGAAUGCACGGUGACUAAUCACAUUCCCGCUUGUUCUUGUGUGGUUGGUUUUACCGGAGAUCCUUUCACGGCAUGUAGAAAACAACCCGAAAUACCGGAACCACCUAAGAACCCAUGCGAACCGUCUCCUUGUGGAUUGAAUAGUCUUUGCAGAGUUAGUAAUAACCACGCCAUUUGCUCUUGUCAAGAAGGUUUCUUCGGUGCACCUCCAAACUGUAGACCAGAAUGUCUUGUAAGUUCCGAGUGUUCGCUUGACAAAGCAUGCAUAAACCAAAAAUGUCAAGAUCCUUGCCGUGGCUCGUGUGGCUUAGAAGCUCGUUGUCAAACCAUCAACCAUAACCCCGUCUGCAGUUGUCCUCCACUGUAUACCGGUGAUCCAUUCAUUUCGUGUAUCAAAGAAGAACCAAAAAUAGCUCCACCUACUAGCCCAUGCGUACCUUCUCCUUGCGGUAUGAAUGCAGAAUGUCGUGUCGUCGAUUCCAGAGCUGUAUGUUCCUGCCUGCCUGAUAUGUUUGGUGCUCCUCCGAACUGUAGACCGGAAUGUAUUAUCCAUCAAGAUUGUCCCUUACAUCUAGCCUGUUUCAACAACAAAUGUAAAGAUCCUUGUAUUGGAUCAUGUGGUUUUAACGCCCAGUGUGUCACGCAAAAUCAUCGACCAAUUUGUUCGUGUGUUGAAGGCUUCGAAGGAGAUCCAUUUUCAGGAUGUAACCCCGUUCAAGUUAUAGUUGAAGAAAUACGAAAUCCUUGUAAUCCUUCUCCUUGCGGUUCAAACGCAAUAUGUAAAGAAUUUAAUGGAGCAGGCUCGUGUACCUGUAUUAAAGAUUAUUUCGGAGAUCCUUACAUAGGCUGUAGACCAGAGUGUUUGAUAAAUGACGAUUGUUCGUUUGAUAAAGUUUGUGUGUUAAAUAAAUGCCAGGAUCCUUGUCCUGGAAGUUGUGGAAUAAACGCCGAUUGCGAAGUUGUAAAUCACCGUCCUUCAUGUAUCUGCUUACCUGGGUUUACUGGAAAUCCUUUGGUUCUUUGUCGAGAAAUAGUCGAAAUUACUGUUCCGAUUAUUGUUAAUCCAUGCGCACCAUCGCCUUGUGGGCCGUACAGUAUAUGUAGAGAAGUUAAUGACAGACCGGUUUGUACUUGCGAAUUAGGAUGUAUCGGAUCACCACCGAACUGUAGACCCGAAUGCAUUACAAACGCCGAAUGUGCAUUAGAUAAAGCUUGCAAUAAUCAAAGAUGUAUCGAUCCAUGUCCCGGAACGUGUGGUCUUAAUGCACUUUGUAGAGUAGUUAGUCACAAUCCCUUUUGUAGCUGUCCUCCUGAAUUCACCGGUGAUCCUUUCACCAGAUGUUUCCCCGAAGAAAAAUUCGAAAUAGUCGAAAUUAUAAAUCCUUGUGUUCCGUCUCCAUGCGGCCCAUUUUCAUUGUGUCACAAUGUAAAUGAACAAGCAGUUUGCAGCUGUCUGCCAAAUUACUUCGGUGUAGCGCCAAAUUGCAGACCAGAAUGUGUCCUUAAUUCUGAAUGUCCAUCAAAUAAAGCUUGUCAAAAUCAAAGAUGUAUAGAUCCUUGUCCAGGAUCAUGUGGAGCUAAUGCUGAAUGCAAAGUCAUUAAUCACGUUCCCGUUUGUUAUUGUUUACCGCAGUUUACUGGUGAUCCGUUUUUGGGAUGCCUUCAAAUAAGAGUGAUUGAGCCAGAAAUAAGGCAACCAUGUGUACCAAAUCCAUGCGGUCCAAAUGCGAUAUGUAAAGAACAAAACGAAGUAGGCUCUUGUAGUUGCAUUCCGGAUUAUUUUGGAGAUCCUUAUACUGGUUGUAGACCGGAAUGUUUAAUGAACACAGACUGUCCAAAACAUAGAGCCUGUAUAAAUACUAGAUGCGAAGAUCCAUGUCCAGGCACUUGUGGCAUAAAUGCAGAAUGUUCCGUUAUAAAUCACACGCCGAUUUGCAAUUGUUUUACUGGCUACAUUGGAAACCCGCUGACUUCUUGUUUAUUACCAGAAAUUAUCGAACCCAGACCGCAAACUAAUCCUUGUGCAAAUUCUCCGUGUGGACCAUUCAGCCAAUGCCGCGUAGUAAACGACCAUGCGGUAUGUUCGUGUCAGCAAGACUACAUAGGAGCACCGCCAAGUUGCAGGCCAGAAUGUAUAAUAAGCGCCGAUUGUUCUCCCGAUAGGGCUUGUAUUAAUUCUAAAUGUCAAGAUCCUUGUCCUGGAACAUGCGGUUUAAAUGCCAGAUGUUUAGUUGUUAAUCACAAUCCCAUAUGCAGCUGUUCGCCGGGCUUCACCGGAGAUCCAUUCGUUCGUUGCGUUGUGGAAGAAAAAAAGGAUAUUGCUACUGUUCCCGAAAACACUUGCGUUCCUUCUCCAUGCGGAGCUAAUUCUAUAUGUAGAAUUGUAAAUAAUCAACCAGCAUGCUCUUGUUUACCGAAUUACAUCGGUAGACCUCCUAACUGCCGGCCCGAAUGCAUGAUAAAUGCGGAAUGUCCUUUAAAUCUUGCUUGCAUACAAGAAAAAUGUAGAGAUCCUUGUCCUGGUUCCUGCGGGAUAAAUACAAACUGUAGAGUCAUAAGUCAUUCGCCCGUUUGCAACUGCGAACAAGGGUUCUCAGGAGAUCCGUUUAUCGGAUGUUCCCCAACACCGAUAGAACCUAAAAUCGAAGAAAACCGUAACCCGUGUAAUCCUUCGCCUUGUGGUGCGAAUGCCAUUUGUAAAGAGCGUAACGGUCUGGGAUCUUGCGUUUGCUUACCAGAAUAUAUCGGCGAUCCCUACACAUGUUGUCGCCCCGAAUGUAUCACAAAUUCUGAUUGCCCGAUGGACAAAGCAUGCAUGAACAAUAAAUGCCGAAAUCCAUGUCCUGGUACUUGCGGAAUUAAUGCCGAAUGCGUCGUUAAUAAUCAUGCUCCGACCUGUUUCUGUUCGGAAGGAUUUACUGGCGAUCCAUUAACCGCCUGUCAUCAACGACCACUUAUUGAAGAAACGAAAAAUCCUUGUGACCCAUCGCCUUGUGGACCUUAUAGUAACUGCAGAGUAACAAAUAAUCAUGCGGUCUGCUCUUGCCAACCUAAUUACAUCGGAACGCCUCCAACGUGUAGGCCCGAAUGCAUGAUUAGCUCCGAAUGUCCUUUAGAUAAAGCAUGCGUUAAUCUGCGAUGCGUCGAUCCUUGUCCAGGCACAUGCGGUCUUAGUGCCGUAUGCAAAGUGGUCAAUCACAAUCCUGUUUGUAGUUGUUUGCCACAAUAUACCGGUGAUCCGUUCGUUCGAUGUGUACAGGAAGAAAGACCUGUAAUAGUUAAAGAAAAUCCAAAUCCCUGUUUGCCUUCACCAUGCGGUCCAAAUUCGCAAUGCCGGGUUAUAAAUAACACCCCUGCAUGUUCCUGUUUAUCGAACUAUAUCGGGAGAGCUCCAAAUUGUCGACCAGAAUGUAGAACUAAUUCCGAAUGUGCUUCAAAUAAAGCGUGCCAGAAUGAAAAAUGCAUUGAUCCUUGCCCCGGUUCUUGCGGAAUUAAUACUGAUUGUAUGGUUAUUAAUCAUCGAUCGGUGUGCUCAUGUCAAGAAGGUUUUACCGGCGAUCCCUUCUCCGGAUGCACACAAAUUCCUCUUAUUCAACCGACUGAGGAACCUCGUAACCCUUGUAAUCCAUCCCCUUGCGGAGCCAAUGCGUUGUGUAAAGAGAGAAACGGGAUCGGUUCGUGUACAUGUAUCCCUGAAUAUUUCGGGGAUCCGUACACGGGUUGUCGACCAGAAUGUGUAACAAAUUCCGACUGCCCACAAACUAGAGCCUGUAUCAACAACAAAUGUAGAGAUCCAUGCCCCGGAACUUGCGGAAUAAACGCAGAAUGUGUAGUUACGAACCAUGCACCUUCAUGUUUCUGCAUUACUGGCUAUACCGGAAAUCCUCUUAUCUCUUGCAGUCUACCGAUUCCUUUGGAAGAAAACAAGCCUGAACCGUGCGUUCCCUCGCCAUGUGGCCCUUACAGUGAAUGUCGCGUAGUCAAUGAUCAUGCUGUAUGUUCCUGUCAAAAAGAUUAUAUAGGAACUCCUCCAGCAUGUAAACCAGAAUGCAUGAUAAGCGCAGACUGUCCGCAAGACAAAGCAUGCAUUAACAAAAAAUGUCAAAAUCCCUGCCCAGGAACAUGCGGCCUAAAUGCACGUUGCGUAGUCGUAAAUCAUAAUCCUAUUUGUAGUUGUAAUCCAGGUUUUACAGGAGAUCCGUUUACUAGGUGUUUGGUAGAAGAAAAGAGUGUUGAUGUAGUGAACACAAAUCCUUGUAUACCCUCACCAUGUGGACCUAAUUCUCAGUGUAAAGUAGUCGGUAAUCAAGUUGCAUGCUCUUGUUUACCUAACUAUAUAGGACGUGCACCCAACUGUCGACCAGAAUGUGUAAUAAAUGAAGAAUGUCCCGGAAACUUAGCUUGCCAAAAAGAAAGAUGUGUUGAUCCUUGUCCCGGAUCAUGUGGCUCCUUUUCUGAUUGUAGAGUAAUAAACCAUGCUCCUGUAUGUCAAUGUAUUAGCGGAUAUACGGGAGAUCCAUUUAGUGGUUGUUCUAUUAUUCCUAGUACUCCUAUUACUGAAAAGCCAAUACAACCUUGUAAUCCAUCGCCUUGCGGCGCAAAUGCCGUGUGUCGGGAACAAAACGGCGCUGGAUCAUGUUCAUGUUUACCCGAAUAUUUAGGAGAUCCGUACGUAGGUUGCAGACCUGAAUGCGUUGUAAAUUCGGACUGUGAUAGAAGUCGCGCCUGCGUUAACAACAAAUGUAUAGAUCCUUGUUUAGGCUCUUGCGGUCUAAAUGCCGAAUGUCAAGUGUUUAAUCAUGCGCCCUCUUGCAUUUGCUUACCCGGUUACAGCGGUGACCCAACCAGAUCAUGCGAAAUAAUUCAAGCCAAAAUAAUUGAAAAUUUAAACCCAUGCGAUCCGUCGCCCUGUGGACCUUACAGCCAAUGCAAAGUGAUAAACGAUCACGCUGUUUGCUCUUGUAACGCGGGAUAUAUUGGAAUACCACCGGCAUGUAAACCUGAAUGUCUUAUAAGCUCCGAAUGUCCCCAAGAUAAAGCAUGUAUAGAACAAAAAUGUGGCGAUCCAUGUCCAAACACGUGUGGAAUAAACGCUAAAUGUCAAGUUAUAAACCACAACCCUAUAUGUAGUUGCAUGCCAGGCUUUACAGGGGAUCCUUUCGUUAUCUGUCUCAAACAAGAGAUAUCUACGACUCCUAAACCCAACAGUAAUCCUUGCGUACCGUCACCAUGCGGUCCAAAUUCUCAAUGUAAAGUAAUUGGUACACAGCCUGUGUGUUCUUGUUUGCCGAAUUAUGUCGGUCGAGCACCAAAUUGCAGACCCGAGUGCACUCAAGAUACCGAAUGUCCGAACAAUUUAGCAUGUAUUAAAGAAAAAUGUAGAGAUCCUUGUGUAAAUGUGUGCGGUUUAAAUGCAAAAUGCACAGUAGUUAAUCACCUUCCGCUAUGUUCAUGUUUACCUGGUUAUAUAGGGGAUCCAUUCUCUUCAUGCAACCUCCCUCUUCCAAUAGAUAAAGGACCGCCAACAACUCCCUGCUCACCAUCACCGUGUGGUCCCAAUUCUGAAUGCCGUGAACGAAAUAAUGCCGGAUCAUGCUCCUGUCUUCCAGGAUUUGAAGGCAAUCCCUACGACAAAGAUCUCGGCUGUCGCAGAGAAUGUGAAAAUAAUAACGACUGUAGUCCACCCUUGGCUUGUGUCUCUUUUAAAUGUAAAGACCCAUGUCCUGGUACUUGCGGCGUUUUUGCCGAAUGCCAAGUGAUAAAUCACAUCCCAACUUGUACAUGUGUACAAGGUUAUACGGGAGAUCCGUUCUACCAGUGUAACGAAAUAAUAGAAACAACUCGAGAACCAGACAAUCCCUGCCAACCAACCCCUUGUGGCCCCAACAGUCAAUGUAGAAAUGUAAACCAUCAGGCAGUUUGCUCAUGUUUACCUUCUUACAUUGGCACACCUCCACAAUGUCGCCCUGAGUGUGUAGUUAGCUCAGAAUGCCCGUUAGAUAAAGCCUGUAUUAACAGAAAAUGCGCUGAUCCUUGCCCGAAUACGUGCGGAAUAGGAGCUCAGUGCUCAACGAGAAACCAUCACCCCAUUUGUGCGUGUCCACCCGGUUAUACUGGCGAUCCAUUUUCAAGAUGUUCUCUAUUACCUGAAGAGCCAAAACAAACUGAACGAACACCGUCUUGUUAUCCCUCUCCUUGUGGACCUAAUUCACAAUGUCAAAUGACAGGCGGACUCCCAUCAUGUUCUUGUCUUGCGAAUUACAUAGGUACCCCGCCAAACUGUCGACCCGAAUGUGUGCUUAACUCUGAAUGUGGCAGCGAGUUAGCAUGUAUAAAUCAGAAGUGUCAAGACCCGUGCCCUGGUUCAUGCGGUAGCAAUGCUCGUUGUCACGUUCUCAAUCACACACCGAUUUGCACCUGCCAAGAUGGCCUAACGGGCGACCCGUUCGUUCAAUGUGUACAAAUACCGGCCACCACAACACCAGCUACAAUCGACCCUUGCAAUCCCUCACCUUGUGGUCCUAAUGCAAUUUGUCGUGACGGAAUCUGCUCUUGCUUGCCGGAAUACCAAGGCAACCCUUACGAAUCCUGCAGACCUGAAUGUAUUGUUAGCUCGGAAUGUAACCGAGAUAAAGCCUGUGUACGAAACAAAUGCGUAAACCCGUGCAUAGGAACCUGCGGAAAUAAUGCACAAUGUGACGUUGUAAACCACAUACCGGUGUGUUCAUGCCCUGAUGGUUUUACUGGAGAUCCAUUCACUAACUGUCGUGUUGCCGAUAAAAUAUCUCCCGAAGCUAAAUUAGAUCCGUGUAGCGGGUCACCUUGUGGUCCGAACAGUCAAUGUCGCCCCGUCAAUGGUCAAGCAGUUUGUUCCUGCCUCCAAGGAUACAUGGGUUCACCACCGUCAUGCAAACCAGAAUGCAUCGUUAGCAACGAAUGUCCUCCUACGAAAACCUGCAUAAACCAGAAAUGUACCAAUCCGUGCUUAGGAUCGUGUGGCCUAAGGGCCAGAUGCGAAGUUAUACAUCACAAUCCCAUUUGUAGUUGCCCAGAGGGUAUGACAGGAGACCCUUUCACUAUUUGUCAAGAAGUUGUCAGGGUUGUAGAAGAACGACCAGAAAUUACUAACCCUUGCCAACCAUCGCCCUGCGGUCCUAACUCUGAAUGCAAGGUUUCUAAUGCGGUUCCCGUUUGUCAAUGUAGAGAAAACUACAUUGGACAGCCUCCAAACUGUAGACCCGAAUGCGUAAUUAAUCCUGAUUGCCCAGCGACUUCCGCAUGUAUUAACAAUAGAUGUAGAGAUCCUUGCCCUGGUAGUUGUGGUGAAAACGCAGAAUGCAGAGUCGUUUCACACACAGUUUCCUGCUCGUGUCUGGAAGGAUAUACAGGAAAUCCAUUUGUACAAUGUUUACUGCAGAAAACAGAAAUCAUCAACCCUUGCGAACCAUCGCCGUGCGGUAGUAACGCAAUUUGUACCCAGAGGAACGGGGUAGGUGCUUGUAGCUGUAUCGAAGACUAUCAAGGAAAUCCAUACGAGGGCUGCCGUCCCGAGUGUAUUCUAAGUUCAGAUUGUCCCACAAACAGAGCUUGUAUACGUAGUAAAUGUCAAGACCCUUGCCCAGGAAUAUGUGGACAAUUUGCAGAAUGUUCAGUAGUUAAUCACAUACCUGUUUGCACUUGUAUAACCGGCUAUAUUGGUGAUCCAUUUGCUAAUUGCUACCCUGCUCCGCCUCCGCAAACAACUGAAGCUCCUAUUAACCCAUGUAAUCCAUCGCCGUGUGGUCCAAACAGCCAAUGCCGAAAUACAAACGACCAAGCUGUUUGCUCCUGUUUACCCGAAUAUACCGGAGCGCCUCCCAAUUGCAAACCUGAAUGCGUUGUUAAUUCCGAAUGUCCACAAGACAGAGCUUGUCACAAAUUCAAAUGUACGAACCCUUGUGCAGGAACUUGUGGAUUAAACGCCCGAUGUGAGGUUAUUAAUCACAACCCGAUUUGUAGCUGUGGAAAAGGUUUAACAGGUGAUCCCUUCACCCGAUGUGUAGAAGUUGUUGUUCCAACUCCAAGGCCAGCGACAAAUCCAUGUAUUCCGUCACCGUGUGGUCCAAAUUCAGAAUGUCGUGUGAUCGGUGAUCAGCCUUCUUGCUCGUGCCUUAGAAAUUACAUUGGCGCACCACCAAACUGUCGUCCGGAAUGUAGUGUUAAUACCGACUGUAAUUCAAAUUUGGCUUGUAUAUCAGAAAAGUGUAGAGAUCCUUGUCCUGGUUCCUGUGGUUUUAACGCUGCUUGUCGCGUUCAAAACCAUAUACCCAUUUGUACCUGCAUUGAAGGUUUCACUGGCGAUCCGUUCACUCAAUGUACCCCACAUGUCGAACCACCAAAGUCAGUUCCAACAAACCCCUGUCAACCAUCUCCAUGCGGGCCAAAUGCUCAGUGCGAUAACGGCAUUUGUACAUGCCUCACGGACUAUCAAGGAGAUCCGUAUCAAGGAUGCCGACCUGAAUGUACAAUGAAUACCGACUGCUCUCCGAAUAGGGCGUGCAUUAAUAAAAAAUGCGUUGAUCCCUGUCCAGGAACUUGCGGUCAAAGUGCGGAAUGCGCUGUUGUCAAUCACAUACCUACUUGCAGUUGCCCUACCAACUUCGAAGGAGAUCCGUUUGUCCUGUGCAAACCAAUUGUGCCAGUUACAAAAGUACAACCAUGUAACCCUUCGCCGUGCGGACCCAACAGUUUGUGUAAAGUGAAUAACGACGUGGCCGUUUGUUCCUGCCAACUAGGAUUCAUAGGAGGUCCUCCCAACUGCCGACCAGAAUGCGUCGUUAGCGCAGAAUGUCCGCUCACCCAAGCUUGUCUUAAUAACAAGUGCGUGGAUCCUUGUCCAGGAACUUGCGGAAUUUCAGCCCAAUGUCAAACAAUUAAUCACAACCCUAUAUGCAGCUGUAACGCUGGCUUAACAGGCGAUCCAUUCGUCAGGUGCUAUCCGGUUCAGGAGGAACGAACUCCGGAGCCUAUCAAUCCGUGCGAACCGUCGCCGUGCGGUCCGAAUUCGGUAUGUCGGGUGUCUAACGGUAGUCCGGCAUGUUCGUGUUUACAAAGUUAUGUCGGUUUGCCGCCUAGCUGUCGUCCGGAGUGCACAAUAAAUUCCGAAUGCCGAUCGAAUUUAGCGUGUAUAAAUCAAAAGUGUCGCGAUCCGUGUCCGGGAGCGUGCGGUUCAAACGCGUUAUGCGCUGUAAUCAAUCACAACACAGUAUGCUCCUGUAAUGUAGGAUUCACCGGAGAUCCAUUCAGCAGCUGCGUUCCUGUGCAAGGUUUACCUUUACAAAUCGAAUCGAGACCGUGUGACCCAUCACCAUGCGGCCAAAAUGCCGUAUGUAAAGAACAAAACAAUGCAGGUUCUUGCUCUUGUUUACCCGAUUAUAUUGGAAACCCUUACGAAGGCUGCAGGCCUGAGUGCGUCCUAAAUUCUGACUGUCCUUCCCAUUUAGCAUGUAUACGAAAUAAAUGUCAAAAUCCUUGUCCUGGAACUUGCGGACAAAACGCAGAUUGUCAAGUAGUGAACCACCUACCAACUUGUGUCUGCAAGAUUGGUUUUACAGGUGAUCCGUUCCAGUUUUGUAGCGUCAUAUCAGCAGAAAUUACCGAACAACCAAGCAACCCUUGCAAUCCGUCCCCUUGUGGUCUAAAUAGUCAGUGUAAGGAAGUUAACAAGCAAGCCGUUUGCUCUUGCUUGCUAAAUUAUUUAGGUAGCCCUCCAAACUGUAGACCAGAAUGUACUGUCAGCUCUGAAUGUCCACAAAAUAGAGCAUGCGUAAAUCAAAAAUGCGUUGACCCUUGUCCAGGAGUUUGUGGCCUGAACACAAGAUGUGACGUUAUUAAUCACAGUCCCAUAUGUAGUUGUCGAUCUGGUUUUACUGGAGAUCCAUUUGUCGUUUGCUCCCCAAUACCACCACCAGCCCAAGUUUCAAUACCGCAAGUUGUAGUAGACCCAUGUAUACCUUCCCCUUGUGGUCCUAACUCACAAUGUCGCAACAGAAAUGGAAUUCCUUCUUGCUCUUGUUUGGAAACAUAUCAGGGAAGCCCUCCGAACUGUCGUCCUGAAUGUACAAUCAAUUCAGACUGCACAAGCGAUAAGGCUUGCAUCAACGAAAAAUGUAGAGAUCCUUGUCCAGGUUCUUGCGGUAUAAACGCCCAAUGUAACGUCAACAACCAUAUUCCUAUUUGUACCUGUUUCGCAAGGUAUAUUGGGGAUCCCUUCAGUGUUUGCUCGCCUGAACCCGAAAAGCAAGAAGAAAUACCCAAAGACCCUUGUAAUCCGUCUCCUUGCGGACCUAAUACGCAAUGCAAUAACGGUAUUUGCACGUGUCUACCUGAAUACCAAGGUGAUCCAUACAGAGGUUGUAGACCUGAGUGUGUCCUUAACAGCGACUGUUCCAAGGACAGAGCGUGCAUUCGGAACAAAUGUAUAAACCCGUGUCAAAAUACUUGCGGAGAAAAUGCAGAAUGUACAGUUAACAACCACAUUCCCAGCUGUUCUUGUCCUAAAGGAUUUUCAGGAAAUGCAUUUUUAAUAUGUAAUCGUGUUAAAGAGCAAAUUGAAACACACCCAUGUAACCCAUCACCGUGUGGUCCAAACAGUCAGUGCAAAGAAAUAAACGGUCAAGCGGUAUGCUCAUGUGUGCCCAGUUAUUUAGGAUCCCCACCAAAUUGCAGGCCAGAAUGUGCAGGCAGUUCAGAAUGUUCAUUAGAUAGAGCAUGUGUCAAUCAAAAAUGUAUCGAUCCAUGUCCUGGAACCUGCGGCGUUAGCGCAAUUUGUCAAGUUGUAAAUCACAAUCCCAUUUGUAGUUGUCCCCCUAAAUUUUCGGGAGAUCCUUUCACACGUUGUCUUAUUGUUGAAGAGAAAAUUACUCCUACUAAUCCAUGCCAACCUUCUCCGUGUGGUCCUCACUCGGAAUGCCGAGUUUCAGGGGAAUCUCCGUCUUGUUCAUGUUUACCCGAAUUCAUCGGCAUUCCACCAAAUUGUAGACCAGAAUGUGUGAGCAACACAGAAUGCCCAUCAAACAUGGCUUGCAUAAACAAUAAAUGUAGAAACCCAUGUGCUGGAAUUUGUGGCAUUAAUGCAGAAUGUCGGGUUACAAGUCACACACCUGUUUGCCUCUGUCCAGUUUCAUUUACAGGAGAUCCAUUCGUGGAAUGUCGCCAAGAAAUUCAAGCGGUUAUUAAAGAAGCAGUUACACCAUGUAUACCGUCACCAUGUGGCCCUAAUGCCAUUUGUAGAGAACAGAAUAACGCGGGUGCCUGCAUAUGCCAAGAAGGAUACAUUGGAAAUCCCUAUGAAGGAUGUCGACCAGAAUGUAUUUUGAAUUCGGACUGUUCUUCUGAUAAAGCUUGCGUAAAUAGCAAAUGUCAAAACCCAUGUCCGGGAACAUGCGGACAAAACGCAAACUGUCAAGUGGUAAAUCAUUUACCUUCUUGCACGUGUAUUGUGGGAUACACUGGAGACCCAUUCACAUACUGCAGCAUCAUGACUGAAACCAAACCGAUAGAAAAAGUGAAUCCAUGUAAUCCUUCUCCGUGUGGACCCAACAGCCAAUGUCGCGAAAGUAAUGGGCAAGCUGUUUGUUCAUGCCUCCCAACGUAUUUAGGCAGUCCACCUGAAUGUAGACCGGAAUGCGUUGUUAGCUCUGAAUGUGCCCAAAACAGGGCUUGCGUCAAUCAAAAAUGUGUCGAUCCUUGUCCAGGAGUCUGUGGAAUUAAUACGAGAUGCGAUGUAAUAAAUCACAGUCCAAUAUGCAGCUGUAAAGAGAAAUUCUCAGGUGACCCAUUCACCAUUUGCGUUCCUGAGAUUGAAGUUAUAACCCCUAAGGAACCAGUUAAUGUUAAUCCGUGCAUACCUUCUCCUUGUGGGCCAAAUUCUCAAUGCCGUGAGAUAAACGGCAUUCCUUCUUGUUCGUGUUUAGAAAAUUACGUAGGCAGUCCACCAAAUUGCAGGCCUGAAUGUACUAUAAAUUCCGAUUGCAUAAGCGAUAAAGCAUGUAUUAGAGAAAAAUGUCGAGACCCUUGUCCGGGAUCUUGCGGCAUUAAUGCAAUUUGCAACGUGGCUAAUCAUAUCCCUAUAUGUACAUGCUUUGAAGGAUAUACUGGUGAUCCAUUUAACAAUUGCUAUCCUAAGCCUGUCCCACAAAUACCAAUCGUUCAAGAUCGUUGCAAUCCAUCCCCUUGCGGUUCGAAUGCUAAUUGCAAUGAUGGAAUAUGCACAUGUUUGCCUGAUUAUCAAGGCGAUCCUUAUCGUGGUUGUAGACCAGAAUGUGUUUUAAAUACCGACUGUGCAAAAGACAGAGCUUGCGUGAGAAAUAAAUGCAUACAACCUUGUGAAAACACUUGCGGCGAAAGAGCGGAAUGCGUUGUGAUCAACCACAUCCCAAUAUGUUCUUGUCCAGCAGGAUUCACUGGGAACGCAUUUUUAAUUUGCAAUGAAGUCAAAGAACCGGUGAAAGUAAAUCCUUGUAAUCCAAGUCCUUGCGGUCCAAACAGCCAAUGUCGAGAAAUUAACGGUCAAGCGGUUUGCUCUUGUCUUGCUGGUUAUCUGGGAAGUCCGCCUACGUGUAGACCAGAAUGUGUUGUCAGUUCCGAAUGUUCUCUAAACCGUGCUUGUGUAAAUCAAAAAUGCAUCGAUCCAUGUCCUGGCACCUGUGGCAUCGAUGCCAUUUGCCAAGUUGUCAAUCACAAUCCUAUCUGUAGUUGUAGACCAGACUUUUCAGGUGAUCCUUUCACCCGCUGUUUGAAAAUAGAAAUUCCGGCAGAGCCCGUUAAUUUAUGCGAACCAAGUCCAUGUGGUCCUAAUUCUCAAUGUAGAGUAAUUGGAGAUUCACCAUCCUGUUCGUGUAUUCCCGAAUACAUUGGAGUUCCACCAAAUUGUAGACCUGAAUGUGUUAGUAAUUCUGAAUGUCAGUCCAACAUGGCAUGCAUAAAUAACAAGUGUAAGAAUCCAUGCGAAGGACUGUGUGGAGUAAACGCUGAAUGUCGCGUAACGAAUCAUAUACCGGUCUGUAUAUGUCCCGUAUCAUUCACCGGAAAUCCGUUUUCAGAAUGUCGACAAGAAAUCCAACCUGCUAUUAAAGAGCGUCUGACUCCAUGUAUACCAUCCCCUUGCGGUCUGAACGCUAUCUGCAGAGAACAAAACGGUGCAGGAGCAUGCACAUGUCAAGAAGGCUAUUUUGGAAAUCCUUACGAAGGAUGUCGUCCAGAGUGCGUACUGAAUUCUGAUUGUGCACCCAAUAAAGCGUGUAUUAACAAUAAAUGUCAAGACCCGUGUCCUGGUACAUGCGGCCAAAACGCUAACUGUCAAGUAGUUAACCAUUUGCCAACUUGCUUGUGUAUUUCCGGCUACACCGGUGAUCCAUUCACAUUCUGCAAUGUAAUACCUGAAGUUAUACCAACCGAGAAAGUUCAACCUUGCACUCCUUCGCCUUGCGGCCCGAACAGCCAAUGUCGUGAAAUCAACGGUCAAUCCGUGUGCUCCUGUCUUCCGACUUAUUUAGGCAGUCCACCCAAUUGUAGACCAGAAUGUGUCGUAAGUUCGGAAUGUCCUAUGAACAGAGCAUGUGUAAAUCAGAAAUGCGUCGAUCCUUGCCCUGGUGUCUGUGGCUUGAACACAAGAUGCGAAGUUGUCAAUCAUAGUCCAAUUUGCAGUUGCACACCAGGUUUUAGUGGCGACCCGUUUACAAGAUGUUCACCAAUUCCUGCUGCACCUGUUGCUGUAACUCGUCCCGCUGUUAAUUUAUGUGUCCCUUCUCCUUGUGGAUCCAACUCUCAAUGUCGCGAAUUGAACGGUAUACCUUCUUGCACAUGUUUGGAAAAUUAUAUCGGAAGCCCGCCAAAUUGCCGUCCUGAAUGUACAAUCAAUUCAGACUGCACGAGUGAUAAGGCUUGCAUUAAGGAAAAAUGUAGAGAUCCUUGUCCGGGCUCUUGUGGUGUUAAUGCUAGGUGCUCUGUUACAAAUCAUAUACCAAUUUGCAGUUGUUUCGAAGGAUACACCGGUGAUCCAUUUAGUAACUGCUACGUUCAACCCGAACCACUGACACCUGUCGUUAUGGAUCGUUGCAAUCCUUCCCCGUGUGGACCCAACACUGAAUGUAACAAUGGCAUUUGUACCUGUCUAGCCGAAUAUCAGGGAGAUCCUUACCGAGGUUGUAGACCCGAAUGUGUUCUAAACAAUGACUGCCCGAAAGAUAAAGCAUGCAUUCGUAACAAGUGUAUAAAUCCGUGUCAAAACACUUGCGGACAAAACGCCGAAUGUUCCGUUGUUAAUCACAUUCCCAUAUGUUCAUGUCCUGCGAGAUUUUCAGGAAAUGCAUUCAUUCUUUGUUCUCCCGUCAGAGAACCGGUGAACACACACCCCUGUAAUCCAUCGCCUUGCGGGCCAAACAGUCAAUGUAGGGAAGUAAAUAAUCAAGCUGUAUGUUCUUGUGUGAUUGGUUAUUUGGGAUCGCCCCCUUUAUGUAGACCAGAGUGUGCCAUCAGUUCAGAAUGUUCACUCGAACGGGCAUGUGUGAAUCAGAAAUGUGUAGAUCCAUGUCCAGGAACAUGUGGAAUUAAUGCUUUAUGCCAAGUUGUUAAUCAUAAUCCAAUAUGCAGCUGUCCUGAAAGCUUUUCCGGAGAUCCGUUUACACGUUGUCUUUUUAUAGAAAAACCUCGAGAACCUGUGAAUCCUUGCCAGCCAUCCCCAUGCGGCCCUAAUUCACAGUGUAGGGUCUCUGGAGAUUCGCCUUCUUGUUCAUGUUUACCAGAAUUCAGCGGUACUCCACCAAACUGUAGACCUGAGUGUGUUAGCAAUCCAGAAUGCGCACAAAACUUGGCAUGUAUAAAUAACAAAUGCAGCAACCCUUGUACAGGAAUAUGCGGAGCAAAUGCGGAAUGCAAAGUUGUUAGUCAUACUCCAGUUUGUGUGUGUCCUGUAUCGUUUACAGGUGACCCGUUCGUAAACUGUUACCAAGAAAUACAACCAGUAGUAGAAGAACGCCUCACACCAUGCGUACCAUCCCCAUGCGGGUCGAAUGCACUUUGUAGAGAACAAAACGGAGCAGGAGCGUGCAUAUGUCUGGAGAAUUACCUAGGAAACCCAUAUGAAGGAUGUCGGCCAGAAUGUGUUUUGAAUUCCGAUUGUCCUUCAAAUAGAGCAUGCAUAAAUAACAGAUGUCAAGACCCUUGCCCUGGAACCUGCGGUCAAAACGCCAAUUGUCAAGUGGUUAACCAUUUACCAUCUUGUACUUGUGUUUCUGGUUACACGGGAGAUCCAUUUACGUUUUGUAAUAUACUACCAAAAACUGAACCAACAGAAAAGUCGAACCCUUGUAGUCCUUCGCCCUGCGGACCUAAUAGCCAAUGUCGUGAAAGUAACGGGCAGGCAGUUUGUUCGUGUUUGCCAUCCUACCUGGGAAAUCCUCCUGGUUGUAGACCAGAGUGUGUAGUGAGUUCUGAAUGUCAACAAAACAAAGCAUGUGUAAAUCAACAGUGCGUUGAUCCAUGUCCCGGCGUAUGUGGAAUAAACACAAGAUGUAACGUAGUAAACCACAGUCCCAUCUGUAGUUGUAAAGAAAGUUAUAGUGGAGAUCCCUUCACAAUUUGCUCACCGAUCCCUAGUAAGCUUCGUUUGCACCGUACAUGUUUUCUUGACUAUUUACGCUUUCUUAUAAUUUCAGUUCAAACAGUUACUGAAAUUAGACCGUCUAAUCCAUGCGUACCUUCUCCCUGUGGUCCAAAUUCAGAAUGUCGUGAAAUAAAUAACAUUCCUUCCUGUACCUGCCUACAAAAUUACAUAGGAAGUCCGCCGAAUUGUCGCCCUGAAUGUACCAUCAAUUCUGACUGCACAAGCGACAAAGCCUGUAUAAGAGAAAGAUGUCAGGAUCCUUGUCCUGGCUCCUGUGGUAUUAACGCCAAGUGUGCAGUAAUCAAUCAUGUCCCGACUUGUUCCUGUUUUGACGGUUAUACCGGAGACCCGUUCAACAACUGUUAUCCCCAACCCAUUCCACAAGAACCUAUCGUAGAAGAUCGUUGCAAUCCUUCUCCUUGCGGACCAAAUGCACAAUGCAAUGACGGCAUUUGCACAUGCCUGUCUGAAUAUCAGGGAGAUCCUUAUCGUGGUUGUAGACCAGAAUGCGUGUUGAACAGCGAUUGCUCAAAAAUUCAAGCAUGCGUUCGAAAUAAAUGCGUUAACCCGUGUAUCAACACUUGUGGGGAGAAUGCUGAAUGUUCGGUAGUUAAUCACAUACCAAUGUGUUCUUGUAUAGAAGGAUUCACAGGCAAUGCGUUUUUAAUUUGCAAUCGUAUUAGAGAACCCGAAAUGAGAAACCCAUGUAGCCCAAGUCCUUGCGGUCCCAACAGUCAAUGUAGGGAAAUAAAUAAUCAAGCCGUAUGUUCGUGUGUCGUUGGAUACAUAGGAAGUCCCCCAACUUGCAGGCCGGAAUGUAUCGUCAGUUCAGAAUGCUCACUUGAUCGUGCAUGUGUGAACCAAAAAUGUACAGAUCCUUGUCCCGGAACAUGCGGCCUAAACGCGUUAUGUCAAGUAGUUAAUCACAAUCCAAUUUGUAGUUGUGCUCCUUCGUUCUCUGGAGAUCCGUUUACCCGAUGUUCACCAAUAGUUGCGCAAGUCGAAAAACCAACAAAUCCUUGUGAACCUUCUCCAUGCGGUCCUAAUUCGCAAUGUAGAAUAACAGGAGAGUCUCCAUCGUGUUCGUGUCUCCCCGAUUACAUAGGCAUACCACCUAACUGCAAACCUGAAUGUGUUAGUAAUUCGGAAUGUCAAUCCCACUUAGCGUGCAUAAACAAAAAAUGUGUAAAUCCCUGUCAAGGUUUAUGCGGAUUAAAUGCGGAAUGCAGAGUAACAAACCACAUGGCCGUAUGCUUAUGUCCGUCGUCAUUCACAGGAGAUCCAUUUUUGGAAUGUCGUCAACAAAUACAACCUGUCAUACAAGAACGUCUUACACCAUGUGUGCCCUCUCCAUGCGGUGCUAACGCUUUAUGCAGAGAGAAAAAUGGCGUUGGUGCAUGCAUUUGUCAAAACGAUUACAUUGGCAAUCCUUACGAAGGUUGUCGUCCCGAAUGUAUCCUAAACUCUGACUGUCCAGCUAACAGGGCCUGUAUAAAUAGCAAAUGUCAAGAUCCAUGUCCAGGAACAUGUGGAUCAAACGCAAAUUGUCAAGUUAUCAACCAUUUACCUUCAUGCACAUGUACCGUUGGUUUCACUGGAGAUCCAUUUACUAACUGCUACAUUAUUCCUGAAUCUGCUCCCAUUGAAAAGCCUGAGCCCUGCAAUCCAUCUCCUUGUGGACCAAACAGUCAAUGUCGUGAAAGUAACGGUCAGGCGGUAUGCUCUUGUUUACCGACUUAUACAGGAAGUCCUCCAGGAUGCAGGCCUGAAUGUGUUGUUAGUUCAGAAUGUAAUCGAGACCGAGCUUGUGUAAAUCAAAAAUGUACAGACCCAUGUCCAGGAACGUGCGGCAUAAACACAAAUUGCAAUGUUAUUAAUCACAGUCCAAUCUGUAGCUGUCUUCCAGGUUAUACCGGCGAUCCGUUUAUUCGAUGUGUUGAAUCACGUCCCCCUCCUGCAGAAGUAACGCCGACAAUAAGAGACGGCUGUCUUCCAACACCAUGUGGACCUUUUUCUCAAUGUCAAGAUAUUGGUGGCAUUCCUUCUUGCUCCUGUUUACCCAAUUACAUAGGCACUCCCCCAAAUUGUAGACCAGAAUGUUCAAGUAAUUCAGAAUGUCCCAGCAAUCAAGCAUGUAUUAGAGAACGAUGCGAAGAUCCUUGUCCAGGAUCUUGCGGCAUUUUGGCUAAAUGUAACGUUAUCAACCAUAUUCCAAUAUGUUCCUGUAUCGAAGGAUAUACCGGUAAUCCAUUUACACAAUGUACCGUUAUCGUGAACGAAGUAGAGGACACUGUCGAAAUAAACCCGUGCAAACCAUCGCCAUGCGGACCAAAUGCAGAAUGCGACAGUGGCAUUUGCACAUGUAUUCCAAAUUAUCAAGGGGACCCGUAUAGAGGAUGUAGACCCGAAUGUGUACUAAAUAGUGAAUGUCCUCAAAACAACGUAUGUCUUAAAAAUAAGUGUGUCGAUCCUUGUCCUGGUACGUGCGGCCAAAACGCUAAAUGCUCAGUAAUCAAUCAUAUACCUACAUGUUUCUGUGACGAAGGAUUUACUGGAAACGCUUUCAUUUUAUGUUCUCCUGUACAAAACGUUAUAGAAACCAAUCCGUGCGAACCAUCACCCUGCGGUCCGAAUAGCCAAUGUAGAGUUGUAAACAAUGUGGCCGUUUGUUCUUGCGUACCAAACUUCAUUGGAAACCCACCGGCUUGCAGACCUGAAUGUAUCGUUAGUUCGGAAUGUUCUCAAAAUAGAGCUUGCAUCAAUCAAAAAUGUGUCGACCCCUGCCCCGGCACAUGCGGAAUUGAUGCCCUAUGUCAAGUUGUAAACCACAAUCCAAUAUGUAGUUGCCCCACAAAAUAUACCGGAAAUCCAUUUACACGAUGCGAUAUUAUUCGUGAACCAGAAAAGAUUGUUCAACCAAUACGACCCUGUACACCGUCCCCAUGUGGACCAUACUCUCGAUGUAGAGAAGUCGGUGAAUCGCCUUCUUGCUCUUGUUUACCCGAUUACAUAGGUUCGCCUCCAAGCUGCCGUCCAGAAUGUAUAAGUAACAGCGAAUGCCCAACGAGUCAAGCAUGUAUCAAUAAUAAAUGUAAAGAUCCAUGUCCUGGAUCGUGUGGCAUCAACGCUCAGUGUCACGUCAUAAGUCACACGCCAAACUGUCUUUGUCUGCCUGAAUUCGAAGGCGAUCCUUUCAUCCAGUGCGUCUUAAAGCAAGUCGCGGUUAUAAAAGAGAAACCUACUCCUUGUGUACCUUCGCCUUGUGGGCCAAAUACAGUAUGUAAAGAUCGAAAUGGUGUCGGUUCUUGUACAUGCCUGACAGAUUAUAUCGGAAAUCCGUACGAAGGGUGCAGGCCGGAAUGUAUUUUAAAUUCUGACUGUUCAUCAAAUCUUGCUUGUAUCAAUAGCAAAUGUCAGGACCCAUGUCCGGGAACUUGUGGACAAAACGCUGAGUGCAAAGUUAUUAAUCAUUUGCCCUCUUGCACUUGUGGAUUUGGAUACUCAGGAAAUCCGUAUCAAAUAUGUCUCGUGAUGCCUCCAGAAAAAAUUCCAAUUCCUACAGACCCUUGCAACCCCUCGCCGUGCGGGCCUAACAGUCAAUGUAGAACUGUAAACGAUCAAGCAGUUUGUUCAUGCUUACCGGAAUACUCAGGAUCUCCACCAAACUGUAGACCAGAAUGUGUUUUAAGCUCAGAAUGCUCAAAUAAUUUGGCUUGUGUAAAUCAAAAAUGUGUCGACCCUUGCCCCGGAACUUGUGGAAUCAACGCCAAAUGUAAAGUUAUAAAUCACAGCCCUAUAUGCAGCUGUAAUGAUGGAUUUACUGGAGAUCCAUUCACUAGCUGCACCAAAAUUCCUGCAACUGAAAUAGUACAAAUCGUACCAACAAAUCCCUGCGUUCCAUCGCCAUGUGGACCUAAUUCACAAUGUCGCGAAAUUGGCGGCAUACCAUCUUGUAUAUGUCUAGAAAACUAUGUAGGAAGUCCACCUAAUUGUCGACCAGAAUGUACUAUCAACUCGGAAUGUCCCGCUAACAAAGCAUGUAUUCGUGAAAAAUGUGCCGAUCCUUGUAUAGGGGCUUGUGGAACAUCAGCGAUAUGUGAGGCUAUCAAUCACGUAGCCAUAUGUACAUGUCCUUCACAGUACACAGGCGAUCCAUUUAGUAACUGUUACCUACAACCCGCUCCAUUACCUGAAGCCACUCAAAAAGAUCGUUGUAAUCCGUCCCCUUGCGGGCCAAAUUCAAUUUGUAACGAUGGUAUCUGUAAUUGCAUAUCCGAAUACCGUGGCGAUCCAUACGUAGGAUGCCGACCAGAGUGUAUUUUAAAUGCCGACUGUGCCAAAGAUAGAUCUUGUGUCAGAAAUAAAUGCGUAGAUCCCUGUCCAGGAAUGUGCGGACAAAAUGCCCAGUGUACCGUUAUUAACCACAUACCCAGUUGUUCCUGUCUAACGGGUUUUAUAGGAAACGCAUUCGUACUAUGCUCUGAAAUUUCAACAAAAAUCGAAACUAAUCCUUGCUCACCAACACCCUGUGGUCCUAACAGUCAAUGUAGGAACAUAAAUAAUCAAGCGGUCUGUUCCUGCGUUCCUGGUUUCAUUGGAUCACCACCAACAUGCAGACCAGAAUGCGUUAUUAGUUCCGAAUGUUCACUAAACCAAGCUUGUGUCAACCAGAAAUGCAUUGACCCAUGUCCUGGUACAUGUGGUAUUAGCGCACUAUGCCAAGUUAUUAACCACAAUCCAAUAUGUAGCUGCCCAUCUCAAUACACCGGUGAUCCCUUCACGCAGUGUCGAAUCAUAGGUGCGUUAGAAAAUGUCAUAAGUAAACCUGGAUACGAUUCUACAGAAACUUAUUUUUUAGAAGUAACAGAACCCUUGAAGCCAUUAAACCCAUGUCAACCUUCACCUUGUGGUCCAAAUUCUCAAUGUAGGGUAACGGGCGAAUCUCCGUCUUGUUCUUGUCUGUCAGACUUCAUAGGUACGCCGCCAAACUGUAGACCCGAAUGCGUAAGCAACAGCGAAUGUAGCAACAAUUUGGCUUGCAUAAACAAUAAAUGUAAGGACCCCUGUCCUGGUAUGUGUGGUAUAAAUGCCGAAUGCCGCGUCGUCAGUCACACCCCCAACUGUGCUUGCAUAUCCGGUUAUUCUGGAGACCCGUUCAGUCUUUGUAAUCCAUUUACAGUUGUAAUUCCUUCAACCGGUGAAUUAAAAACACCAUGCACACCUUCUCCUUGUGGUUCUAACGCUCUGUGUAAAGAAAGAAACGGCGUCGGUUCCUGCACGUGCGUAGAAGGUUACUUAGGAAAUCCUUAUGAAAGUUGUAGGCCGGAAUGUACUUUAAAUUCGGAUUGUCCAUCUAAUUUCGCUUGCAUUCGCAACAAAUGUCAAGAUCCAUGUCCUGGUACAUGCGGACAAAACGCAAAUUGUCAAGUAAUAAACCAUUUACCAACAUGUAGUUGCAAUGCAGGAUUCACCGGAAAUCCCUUCCAGUAUUGUGAAAUACUUUCAGAACCAAUACAACCGCCCACUAACCCUUGUACUCCAUCUCCGUGUGGUCCAAACAGUCAGUGUAAAGAAGUGAAUCAACAAGCAGUAUGUUCAUGUCUGUCCACAUUUAUCGGUAAUCCACCAAACUGUAGACCUGAGUGUACAGUCAGUUCAGAAUGUUCCUUGGACAAGGCAUGUGUUAAUCAAAAAUGUAUUGAUCCAUGCCCAGGAACUUGCGGAAUUAAUGCCAAAUGUCAAGUGAUCAAUCACAGUCCUAUUUGUUCUUGCGACAACAAAUUCACAGGCGAUCCAUUCGUUAGAUGUAUUCAAAUUCAAGAACCUCCAGUAGCAAUAAUUACAAAAGUGAAUCCUUGUGUACCAUCGCCUUGUGGUCCUAAUUCUAUAUGUCAAGAAAUUAACGACAUGCCAUCAUGCACCUGUGCAAGCGGAUAUUUCGGAAGUCCACCCAGUUGUAGGCCGGAAUGUACAAUAAAUUCAGAUUGUCCAAGUAGCAGAGCUUGUAUAAAUGAAAAAUGUAAAGAUCCUUGCCCCGGUUCCUGUGGAAUAUCUGCGGUGUGUAAUGUUAUAAACCAUAUUCCAACAUGCACUUGUCCUGAAGGUCUCACAGGAAACUCUUUUGAGAAUUGCAAACCAAUUCCUCAAAUAGCAAUUGAAUCUAAAAAUCCUUGUCAACCAAAUCCGUGUGGAACAAAUGCUCAGUGCAACAAUGGAAUUUGUACAUGUCUUCCUGAGUAUCAAGGAGACCCCUACAGAAGUUGUAGACCUGAAUGCGUCCUCAAUGACGACUGUUCAAAAGAUAAAGCUUGUGUCCGAAAUAAAUGUGUGAAUCCAUGUUCGGGUGUUUGUGGUCAAAACGCAGAGUGUACAGUUAUAAAUCAUAUUCCAUCCUGCUCUUGUCUCCAAGGCUUCACUGGCAAUGCUUUUAUUGCAUGUAAUCCCAGAAGAGAGCCUGCUAGAGUUAAUCUGUGUAGUCCAUCUCCCUGUGGUCCAAACAGUCAAUGUAGAGAAGUAAACAAUCAAGCCGUAUGCUCAUGCCUAUCUGGUUUUAUUGGUAGUCCACCAAACUGUAGGCCUGAGUGUAUAUUAAGUUCCGAAUGUUCUCUUCAAUUAGCAUGCGUUAACCAAAAAUGUAUAAAUCCAUGUCCAGGAACUUGUGGUAUCUCUGCACUGUGUCAAGUCGUUAAUCACAACCCAAUAUGCAGCUGCCCUGCGGGACUUUCUGGAGAUCCAUUUACUCGAUGCCAACCAAUUGAAAAGCCGGUUGUGGCUGUAUCAGUCUCAAAUCCAUGUCAACCAACGCCAUGCGGACCGAAUUCAGAGUGUAAAGUAAUCAACGAUUCACCUUCCUGUUCUUGUUUAGCCAAUUUUAUUGGAUCUCCUCCGGGAUGUAGACCGGAAUGCGUUAGUAAUAGUGAAUGUUCGAACAACUUAGCUUGCAUAAAUCAAAAAUGUAAAGAUCCUUGUCCAGGAAGUUGUGGAAUAAACGCAGAGUGUCGUGUUGUCAGUCACACACCUAACUGCGCUUGCAUUGACGGUUACAGCGGUGAUCCGUUCGUUAAUUGCCUUAGAACUGAAGUUGUACAACCUGUGGAAAUAAUUAAUCCUUGCAACCCAAGUCCAUGUGGAGCAAAUGCUAUGUGCAGACAACAAAAUAAUAUCGGUUCCUGUACUUGUUUACCCGAUUAUAUCGGAAAUCCUUACGAAGGAUGUCGACCCGAAUGUGUCCUCAAUUCUGAUUGCGCUUCAAACCUCGCGUGCAUAAGAAACAAGUGCCAAAACCCAUGUCCUGGUACUUGCGGUCAGAACGCCCAAUGUCAAGUAAUCAACCAUGUGCCUGCUUGUACAUGUUAUCCAGGAUUUACUGGAGAUCCGUUCAACUACUGUUCUACAAUUCCACCAAAAAGCACACCUAUUGAAAUAAAUCCUUGCAAUCCUAAUCCUUGUGGUCCUAAUAGUCAAUGUAAAACGUCAAAUGGUCAAUCAAUUUGCUCAUGUUUACCAAAAUAUAUCGGAAAUCCACCAGGCUGUCGACCAGAAUGCACGAUUAGUACAGAAUGUCCCUCAAACAGGGCAUGCAUCAAUCAAAAAUGUGUAGAUCCGUGCCCUGGUGUUUGUGGAAGAAACGCUAGGUGUGAAGUUAUCAAUCACAGUCCAAUAUGUAGUUGUGAGACCGGGCAGACAGGAGAUCCUUUCUCAAAUUGCUUUACUACCCCUUCAGUGGCACUUGUACCCCAAUCGGAAACAAUAAAUCCUUGUGUUCCUUCACCUUGUGGACCUAAUUCGCAAUGCUCGUCGUUCGGGAAUGUACCGGCCUGCACAUGUUUGCCUAAUUAUAUAGGAAGUCCACCUAACUGUCGACCAGAAUGUACAAUUAAUUCAGAAUGUUCGAGUAGCCAAGCAUGUAUAAACGAAAGAUGCAAAGAUCCCUGCCCAGGAUCUUGUGGUUUUAAUGCCUUAUGCGAAGUAAACAAUCACAUACCCUCUUGUACAUGUCGAAACAAAUAUUCUGGAAAUCCGUUUAUAAGUUGCAACCCAAUAAUCGAACAAGCUCCACGGCCUAUUCAACCUCAAAAUCCUUGCGUACCAAAUCCUUGUGGUACAAACGCUGAAUGUAACAAUGGAAAAUGUACUUGUAUUGCGGAAUAUUUCGGAGAUCCCUACAGAAAUUGCAGACCUGAGUGUGUUCUGAAUUCAGAUUGCACAACGGACAAGGCAUGCGUAAGAAACAAAUGCGUAAAUCCUUGUAUUGGACUUUGCGGAGCCAACGCAGAAUGUACGGUAGUAAAUCAUAUUCCUUCCUGCACAUGCCUAGAAAACUUUUCGGGUGACGCGUUUGUUGCCUGUAGGAGACAAGAACCCGUUGUUACUGUUAAUCCAUGUAGUCCAUCUCCUUGCGGUCCAAACAGUCAAUGCAGAACAAUAAAUUCCCAAGCAGUUUGUACGUGUAUCCCUGGAUUUAUUGGUAGUCCUCCAUCGUGUAGACCAGAAUGUACUGUCAGCUCCGAGUGUUCUUUGACAACAGCUUGUAUCAACCAAAAAUGCGUGAAUCCUUGUCCAGGAGCAUGUGGCUUUGAAGCCGUUUGUAACGUCGUUAAUCACAAUCCUAUUUGCAGCUGUUCUACAGGAAACACGGGAGAUCCAUUUUCGAGAUGUUAUCGAAUCGAAGUAAUUCAAACACCAACAGUUGCCGAAGUUAACCCGUGUAGACCAUCACCCUGUGGUCCUAAUUCCCGAUGCAUCGAAAUAAAUGACAAUUAUAGAUGCGAAUGUCUCGAUAACUAUAUCGGUUCCCCGCCUUACUGUAAACCAGAGUGCAUUAGUAACUCAGAAUGUGCUAACAACUUAGCCUGUAUAAAUCUCAAAUGUCAAGAUCCCUGCAUUGGUUCAUGCGGAUACAACGCUGAAUGCCGUGUAACCUCACACAUCCCCAAUUGCGUUUGUAUAGAAAACUAUAUCGGAGACCCUUUCACUCAAUGUACACCGAAACCGAUUGAACCACCCGUCAAGAAAAAUCCAUGCGUACCAUCACCAUGCGGUCCCAAUACUCACUGUCGAAUCGAGAAUGAUUACGCGGUGUGCGAAUGUCUCCCGGAAUAUCACGGAAAUCCUUACGAAAGUUGCAGACCGGAAUGUCUAGUUAGCUCAGAUUGUUCCAUGAACCUCGCAUGUAUAAGAAACAAAUGCCAGGAUCCCUGUCCAGGAACAUGCGGCGUGGCAGCUAUUUGUACAGUCAGCAACCACAUACCAAUUUGCUCAUGUCCAGACGGCUUGACAGGAAACGCCUUUAGAAUUUGCGCGCCCAUUCCAAAAAUUGAACCACAACCAACAAACCCAUGCGAACCAUCGCCAUGUGGAAUCAACACCGUAUGUCGUGUGCAUAAUGGAAACGCUAUUUGCGAAUGUCAACCAGGUUUCUUCGGAACACCAGCUGCAGGCGGUUGCAGACCAGAAUGUACUAUUAGUGCCGAUUGCUCGAGAGACAAAGCAUGUGUUAACAACAAAUGCGUAAACCCUUGCGUUAACGUUUGCGGCUUCGGAGCCCAAUGUCAAGUUAUAAAUCACAGCCCAGUGUGCUCUUGUCCCGUACCGUUAGUCGGAGAUCCGUUUGUAUCGUGUACCGAGCAACGAAAAGAACCUCAAAACCCCUGUCAACCUUCUCCAUGCAGUCCAAACGGUCACUGCAAGGUUAUCAACGAAGUUGCCGUAUGUACUUAUCCUGAGUGCGUUGUUAACUCGGACUGUUCACGAGACAAGACCUGUUACUUACAAAAAUGCGUAAACCCUUGCAUUGACGCUUGCGGAAUCAACGCGCUUUGUCAGGUCGUGAACCACAGACCAGUCUGUGCUUGCCCAGUUGGUUUCACCGGAACUCCAGAAGUUUCCUGUCAACAACUCAUCGAGAUUGCUCCUAAACCAGAAUGUGUACAAAAUGACGACUGUUCAAACGACAAAUCUUGCAUAAACAGCAGAUGUGUAAACCCUUGCGCUGAAAACGUAGGUAGCUGUGGAUUAAACGCACAGUGUUUCGUGCAACUCCACCGUGCAAUAUGCGUCUGUAGCGACGGAUACACUGGAAACGCACAAACUGCUUGCAUUGAGAUCGGGUGUAGAGCGGAUUCUGAUUGUCCAGUGAGCCAAUCGUGUAUAAACAGAGAAUGCAUUGAUCCCUGCACUUUCACCCAGUGCGGAGUAAACGCACUCUGUAAGUCAACAUCACGACAUAGAGCCAGUUGCUUCUGUCCACCGAAUUACAGAGGAGAUCCAUAUGUGCAAUGCGAAAAACCCGAAUGCGUCACUGACAAUGAAUGUCCAUUAAAUUUGGCUUGCAGAAAUGAACGUUGUGAGAACCCUUGCAACUGUGGAGUCGAUGCUCUGUGUAUAGUCAAUUAUCAUCAACCCCAAUGCUCUUGUGCACCUGGAUUUACAGGAAAUCCUGCCAUAUCUUGCACAGCUAUUGAAAUAUCUCAACCACAAUGUAGGAUUGAUGCAGACUGCCCAAGCAAAUACGCCUGCUACAGUGGCACUUGCCAAAACCCUUGCCUCAUCACAAAACCAUGUGGAGUAAACACUGAAUGUAUAGUAGUCGAUACACUUCCGCUAAAAACGAUGUCUUGUACAUGUCUACCGAACUACGUCGGUGAUGCCAAUUUGGAAUGUAGGAAAGUAAUAGGAGAAGAGAAACAAACAGGCUGCAGAAGUAACGAAGAAUGUCCAUCAUCUGAUGCCUGCAUCAAUGGACAAUGCAUCAAUCCAUGUAUCGGUAUUAAUCUGUGCGGCGAAAAUGCAAAAUGUUACUCUGUCAAUCAUCGAGCAACAUGUAAAUGUCCGCCUGCACUUAUUGGCGAUCCAUUUGUUAAAUGCUACGAAGUAUCGAUUGCUGUGGAGUGCAAAGCCGAUUCGGAAUGUCCCAUUAACAAAGCUUGCAUCAACACUCAUUGUCAAGAUCCCUGCAUUUUAAGCCCAUGCGGAACUGGAUCACAGUGUCGCGUGACCCAGCAUAGACCAACAUGUGUCUGCCCAGACGGCUGGGGUGGAGAUCCACAACUGCAGUGUUAUAGACCGGAAUGUACCACCGAUUCCGAGUGUCCUUACGAUAAAUCGUGCAUUAACAAAAACUGCGUCAAUCCAUGUGUCACACACUCCUGCGGACGUGGUGCCGAAUGCGUUGUACAAAAUCAUCUCCCCCGUUGCCAAUGUCCUUCUGGUACCCAAGGCAACCCCCUUAUAUCUUGCAUAGCAGGGGUAUGUCAAUACAAUGAAGACUGCGCUGACCACGAAGCGUGUGACCGUUUGAACAGAGUAUGCAGACCCGUAUGCAACGACGACACUUGUGCCACAACAGCACAUUGUGUUGGUCGAAAUCAUCAACCGAUUUGUUCUUGUCCAUUUGGAACCACCGGCAAUCCAUUCGUACAAUGUUCCGCACCUCUACCAAUUCCAAUUCCAACGCCGAUGUGUCGCAUUGAUUCAGACUGUCCAUCCCAAUUUACGUGCAUCAACACCAUAUGCCAAGAUCCUUGUACUGUCACCAACAUUUGCUCCUCUGACCAAGAGUGCAGUGUCACAGACAGCUCCCCACUGAGAACAGUCAUGUGCAAGUGUCCACAGGACACUUUCGUUGACGAAACAGGCCACUGCAAAUCCGUUGUUCAACUACAAUGUCACACAGACUACGACUGUAGUGAUAAGGAAAAGUGCAGAACAGGAUACUGUAUAGAAGCUUGCAAAGUAGACAUAUGCGGUUACAACGCGUUAUGUAGCUCAUUACAUCACCAGGCUGUUUGUACUUGUGCGACCGGUUAUAGCGGAAAUCCCCAUAUCGAAUGCACUAGAGAAGUCAAAUUGCCUAUACCCCUUCCCAUACCUGAAUGUAGUACUGACCAUGAUUGUCCAAUGGACAAAGGCUGUAGAAAUGAUAUUUGUAUAAACCCCUGUGUAACUGAUAAACCGUGUGGAUUCGGAGCUUUCUGUGCAGUUAGAAAUCAUCAACCAAAGUGCAGUUGUCCUCAAGGAUACCAAGGGAACCCAUUAGUGGAAUGCAUAGCUCCGAGUUUAACAGUUGGCUGCAAGUCUAGUUCCGACUGUACCGGCACAGAAGCAUGCGUAAACGAACUUUGCGUAAAUCCUUGCAAUUGUGGACCAAAUGCAGAGUGUACAGUUGCAAAUCACUAUCCUAUCUGCUUCUGUAAGCCAGGAUACUCUGGACAUCCGGACAAUGGUUGUGUGAAACUUGGAUGUCGUUCAGACUCAGAAUGUGAAAGCGACAAGCAAUGCUACAAUGGACAAUGCCUAAAUCCGUGUAUACUUGAAAAUCCUUGUGCGAGAAAUGCAGAAUGCUUUGGAAGCGAUCAUAGGGCUCUUUGUAGGUGUCCCGAUGGAUAUUCCGGAAAUCCGUUUAACCUCUGUGAACGGGUGGAAUGUAGCAUAGACUCCGAUUGCCCCAACAAUCGAGCAUGUCUAGAAAAGCAUUGCGUCAACCCCUGCACCAACGUCGCGAAUCCACCUUGCGCUGAAAACGCAAUUUGUUACGUUCAAAAUCAUGCCGCUGGUUGCCAAUGUCCACCUCAUCUCCCUGAAGGAAAUCCACUAUCAUACUGUUUACCAAUUACAACUGUUGCUGAACGACCCGAAUGUGAACUAGAUCUGGACUGUCCAAGUAAACUUGCUUGCAUCAAUAACAAAUGCGAAAAUCCAUGCAGCAAAUUAUCACCAUGUCACCGGACAGCAUCCUGCAAUGCAGUGGAUACCGUUCCGGUUCGAACGUUGACUUGCACUUGUCCGGAAGGUUGGAUGUCAAACGAUAACGGCGAAUGUCUACCUGUCAUUAUCCCAGUACCACCUGGAUGUACCUCAGAUGACGAUUGCUCCGACAACGAAGCCUGCGUUAAUAGAAUAUGUCGAAACCCUUGCAAUUGCGGUACUCAUACUGUAUGCUUCGUUCAAAAUCACCGUCCCAUAUGUUCUUGUAAAGACGGUUUCGACGGAAAUCCCAAUAUUGCCUGUCAUACGGUCGGAUGCAGAUCUGAUUCAGAGUGUGGCUCAGGAAGGGCUUGUAUUAAUGCUAAUUGCAUCGAUCCCUGUUUAGUAAAAGACCCCUGCGGUUCUAACGCGGAAUGCUUUACGUAUAAUAACAGGGCACAAUGUCGUUGUUUGAGUGGUUUUAGAGGAAAUCCUUACGAUAAAUGUUUGGUAAUCGGUUGUAGAUCAAACAGCGACUGUCCACACGAUCGACAAUGCGUAAACGCACAAUGUGUUAACCCCUGCGUACACAGCAAUCCGUGCUCAUCGAGGGCGGAAUGCAAAGUCCAAAAUCACAUUUCCCUCUGUAAAUGUCCAUCCGGAUAUAACGGUAAUCCCUACAUCGACUGCCACCUAGAGCCUCAACCCGAAUGCCGACAAGACAGUGAUUGUCCAAAUACUUUAGCUUGCUUAAAUCGAAAAUGUCAAGAACCGUGUUCAGUACUAAUACCCUGUCAAAGACCCGCUGAAUGCAAGGUUAUUCCAUCUAUUCCGUUAAGAACAAUGAUAUGCGUGUGUCCACCAGGAUACAUUAGUAGCGGAAAAGGAACGUGUCGACCAACAACAUCGGUCAAAGAAAUUGGCGCUUGCGUUGCUGACAGUGAAUGUCCGAGUGACAAAGCUUGUAUCAAUGCCCUAUGUAGAAACCCUUGCACUUGUGGUAGUAACGCGGAAUGUACCAUCCGAAACCAUAAACCUAUCUGUUCAUGUAAAGUUGGUUUUGAAGGAAAUCCAGAAAUCGAAUGCGUUCUUGUAAGAUGCAGAAGUGACGACGACUGUUCAAGUCAACACACUUGCGUAAACCAACGAUGCGUUCCUGCUUGCGCUCCUGACGGCUCGUCUUGUGGCACCAAAGCUGUGUGCUAUCCGGUAAAUCAUCGAGCCAUUUGCGACUGUCCGCCUGGACUUAGGGGUGACCCGGCGAUUUCCUGUGUUGCAGCAGGUUGCCGCAGUAACUCCGACUGUCCAACCGAUCGCGCUUGUAUUAAUAAGCAAUGCGCAAACCCUUGUGCGGAAGGCGACAUUUGCGACAAGAGCGCUGAAUGCAAAGUUUACAAUCACAUUCCACAAUGCGCCUGUCCACCCGGAUAUGUUAACGAUGAAAAUAUGAAGUGUACAAAAAUUGAAGAAAAAUGCAAAAUCGAUUCCGACUGCCCUCUAGAACUUGCCUGUAUCGAAAGCGAUUGUGUCAAUCCUUGUAAUGCCACCCAACCCUGCGGAAUCAAUGCCAAAUGUAAAGUUGCUAACACUGUACCCGUUCGAACAAUGGUUUGCGAAUGUUUACCUGGAUAUCAAGGGAACGCAAUUGUCCGAUGCGAUAAAGUAACAGAAUGCAGGAUAGACAAGGGCUACAUUCGGACAUCUGACGGUAGAUGUAUAUGUCCACCUCCUCGAGCCCUUAACGAUAAUGAUGACUGUAUUCCUUGCCUCCCUGAACAAGGAUUUAAAAUAGACGAAUCAGGUCGUUGCGUGUGCGAUUUGGAACGCGGUUUCAUUAUAGACGAACGAGGAAACUGUGUGUGCCCAACAGAACACGGUUACCGAUUGAACAAAGAAGGAAAAUGCAUUCCGACACCUGUACAACCCGAAUGUGAGACCGAUGAUGAUUGUUCUGACGACAAAUUAUGUAAACCAACAACAAAAACAUGCGAAGACGCGUGUAUCGAUAAAAUAUGCGGGGAAAAUGCAUUCUGUAAUGCCACCCGUCAUCGUGGUAUGUGUCAGUGUAGACCGGAUUAUGUGGGAGACGCUGAAAAGAAAUGCAUAUCGCAUUCAUCCAGAAAAGAUUUCCCACCACCAGAAAUCGUCGUGAGCUGUCUUUCUGACGGAGUCAAAGUUAAAAUCCGCAUAGCAGAACAAGGUUUCAAUGGUGUCCUAUACGUCAAAGGACACAGCAAGGAUGAACAAUGUAGGAGAAUAAUAUCUCUACCGUCAGAAUAUUCAGAACCAAGAACAGAAAUAUUUAAAGUCCAAUUUGGUAACUGCGGACUCAUACAUGUCAAUGGUCAAGCAAGCUUCGUUCUCGUAAUCCAAAAACAUCCGAAACUGGUCACUUACAAAGCCCAAGCGUACCACAUAAAAUGUGUCUACCAAACAGGAGAACAGAACAUCACUCUAGGAUUCAACGUAUCAAUGCUUACAACUGCGGGAACGAUAGCCAAUACCGGACCACCUCCAGUAUGUACCAUGAAAAUUGUGACUCAAACCGGUGACGAAGUGAACUCUGCGGAAAUUGGAGACAAUCUGAUGUUACAAGUCGACGUACAACCAGGAUCGAUAUACGGAGGAUUCGCAAGGAGCUGCGUCGCUAAGACAAUGGGAGACAAAGUAGAAAACGAAUAUCUAGUAACCGAUGAAAACGGAUGUGCCACCGAUCCGACCAUUUUCGGCGAAUGGGAAUACAACGCCGAUACUCAAAGCUUAUUGGCCAGUUUUAACGCAUUCAAAUUCCCCAGCAGCAACAACAUCAGAUUCCAAUGUAACAUCCGCGUUUGUUUCGGCAGAUGUCAACCCGUCAAUUGCCGCGGAUACAAUGCGUUUGGACGAAGAAAAAGAGACGCUGGUGAUGAAAAUUCAACCGAUGUAGCAGAAGCGAAUGAUUUAAUGAGCGGUCAAUUGAGAGAAGAAAUAACUAUACAAUCAAACGCAAUCCUAACAUUUGAAAGAAGGGAUGAACGCCCCGCAGAUUAUUCUGAAGCAAGUGCUCAAAGAGUGGAAGAUAUCUGCGUCUCAAUUGUUGGAUUCAUAAUAGCUUUAGUUUUGACGGCCCUUUUGGCCUUAGUAGCCAUAGCCGUAGCAGUAUCGUGCUGGCUAAUGGCCUAUCGCCGAAAGCCGAAGAUUAGCGGUCCAUUGCCGCAUCCUCCCGAAUUUCCCAACCCUCUGUUCACAACCCCCGAACCGAUGGCAGAACCAAGUCCUGAUUACCUCACGUAAUUAACGAAUAAUUUUGUAGAUAUUAGAUUAAGUAUUUAUCAAACCGAUACGUAGCUUUAGAUAACGAUGACGCUGCCUUGUAAACCGAAGAAAUCAAGAAAAUUAAUACAAUUUGUAAAUAUUGAAUUCGGUUAGAACAAAAGGAAAACAAAAAUACUCUUGUUUAAUGAACACAACUUUUUGCUAGAUUCGAAGCAUAUCGUACGAUAUUGGUUUUUUUUUUUUCGAAAGGUCAGUUUACAGUUUAAAUUUUUAAUCGAAAGUCUACUCACUCCGACAGAUACGAUGAAUUACAACUGUAAACUUUCCCUUUUGUUAGUGAAUAGAAUGUGUAAAGACCCUGCAUAACUCAAAUUACUAAAUAACAUAAGGGUCGUUAUACAUUUCGUACUAUCUUUUCCAUUGGCUAAAUAUCAAAUAACAUGGGAAAACUAAAUUGGUGGUGGUUUCUGUCCUGAACUAAAUUGCUACAAAAUUAAAAUAAAAAAUUAACUCAUUUUGUAACUUUUUUGUUUAUUUUUUUGGUGCAUUCUUUCUUUCUCAUAGAAAUUAUUAGAUAUUUUCCUAUUACUUAACUUUGAAGCCUUUGGAAGAUUUAGCAAUGUUAAAAGACUACUUUUUAUAUAUUGUAUAAAGAAUGAAUGUUGAAUGAAUGAAAUUAUGCUAUGUCCAAAGUGUUCUAAAUUGGUGCUGACUGAUUUUACUUAGGACGAUAAUUUAGUCAUUUUUUAUUUAAUUUUUGUCGUACUAUGACGUUUAUUACUGUUUAAAAGACGCUUGGUUUUAUUUUUUAUGAACGAACAAAAAAACAUUACAUUUAAUUCCUGUUAAGUCCUAAAACCCACUCACUAAACUAACUAAAAUUAUUAAUGUUAUUUUUUCGAUACUGUUUUGUAACUCAAUAUUAACUGUUAAAAUUGUGAUAAUUAAUUUUUGCUUUAAAUAAACGAUUUAUUAAAAAA